ACGCGUUUGAACCAAACUCAUUCUUCAAGCCGUGAAUUUGUGACAUGUUUUGCCAUAAUUAUGCUAAUUAACUGUAUGUUUGCUUGAUGGUGCAGUCCUUCGAUUUAGAAGAAUGGCUGACGAAAACGAGAAUUCCACCACUUCAGGUAAGCUAGUUUGAUAGAGGUUUUAAUUAUUAGUUUACUGGCGCAAACUUCAUGAGCUGAAUUGGUCUUCGUUGGUCAAUUCAAGUAAAACUCGCUGAACAAAGUAGUGUCGCAAGAUAGUGCCAAGAAAAGAGGCAAAUCAAAAACAAUCUACAAAGUAAGAUUUAAUUUCAACAGGAAAUCAUACUUAUUCCCCCAGUUUCUCCAGUUUAUUAGCGUACCGAUGGUGUAUUCAGUUGGGCUAGUCUUAUUUGCUUUGAUUGGUUAAAGUUUGACAAACUCGAUGUCUUCGCUAUAUGCGCGUGACUUAAUGGCAAAUACGCUAUUUUUAAGUUUCAACGAGCUAAAUUGAAAACCUGGUUGGAAUUUGCUUUGAAUUCUUUACGCUACACGCCACGGUUCAGUCGAUACAAACAAAAUAAAUAGCCGCAGGCACUAAUUUGUCAGCCUUAGUCCGAUCUUUAUUGCUUUAUUUUGUUUACUCUAAUCCGAGGAAUGACCAUCUUGUGAUAAGAAUAAGACCACAAGGCUUGAAAAUUGCGCUUAAAAAUUUCAGUUUUUAAUGCUGGCUUAGACAAAUAUAGUCAAGAUUAUAAUUAGGUCACGUACAAUAACACUUCGGGGUACAAAGUGCAGGACAAACCUCCACUUAAUUCUUUGCCAAGUAUCAUAAAAUAUUUAGCUUACGUAGCAGGCGUUGGAAAGGGAAGGGACACGGAGUUUUAGGCGCGAGAAAAACGUGAGGGGCUCCCUCGGCCUCGCGCGCCCCUAUUCUCUUACGGGCAACCCCCCCCCUUCCUUUUCAAACUUCUGCCACGCUGGCUGUAAAAUAUUGAGUCUGGAGCACGUACAGUAUAGAUCGUGUUGCACGAAGACUUACUGUCACGCAAUAUAGUCGCGCAGCGUGAUGUACGCGCCCUCAAACGCAUGGUUUCUUUAAUUUUGAGUUUUGCGUUAGCCUUUGUUGCGUUAAUUAGCGCGAAAGCUUUGACGGAGGAAAGUAUAAAAUACAAUAAACCAUAGUGUUAGAGGUUAAGGUGCUCACUUCAUCAAUAAACUGGCGUGGGUAAAUAUUAUGGAAGGAAACAUAUAACAUGAGUUAAUCCAUACUGAGUACUAUAUUUUACACUGUUUACACUACCAUGAACAAUAAUUUCUUUGGAACCUGCCCGCACUGAACACUAGCGAAAAGCCUUUUAGUUUGGCUUUAGAGCACCAGUUUCAUCCAUAUUUUUUUAAAAUUAGUUUGUAACACUUGGCGGUUUGAUUUGAAAAGAAAUGAAAAGACAAAAAAAAACUUGACCAUUCUACAAAUCAUGAAAACAAAAAACGCAGCUGCGAUCACGCGGGAGUGUAAGGAAGUGCGAGCAGGUGCUUGGGGCAGAUGCGACGUUCGAGUGCGCUCCUGUUUUUAUACCUGCUCUGCUUCUAAGGACCGUAACUGCGCGCAUAUAUUGUAGCCUUGAAACUUAUAGACCGCCACCCCUACAAAAAUAGCCGUUGUUAUACGAAUGACGCAUGUUUAACAAUUAUUCCUCGAACCCGAAUGGGCUCUGAGUCAAUAGCUCAUGAGGCCGAAGGCCGAAUGGGCUAUUGACUCAGAGGACGAGAGGAAUAAUUGUUUUAGUAAAAUCCAACUAGUGGGUCAAAAAUAUCGAGACAAAACAGCUUUAGCUAGCAAAACGCGAUUCAGCCGCCAUUGUUUUGGUUUUCAGAGCCGGCGCUUUUUGCUACUAGUGGACUAUAACUAGUAGUUCAACCAAUCAGAACGCAGCAUUGAUAAUAGACCACUAGUUGGAUGUUACUAAUUCCCGUUAUACUGAUUAUGCCUCGGUGUUGAUGCGAUAGACGCGCUUACUCUCAGACCGUCUAUUAAAAGCUCUAUUUUGUUCAUUCCACAAGGUCCUUUAACCCAUAAUCAUCCGAACGCGUAACUUCCCUGACGUUAAUAAUUAUACACCAAGACCAGUAUAAACGGAUCUUUAGUAGUUGAUUCGGACAACCUUUCUUCAAAGCACCCAUGAGAUUAGAGAAAUUUUUACUGAUUGUUAAAACAGCAUGUGGUUGCUUUAAUUAAUACCCGAAAACAGUUCGUCUGUAAGGAUCUCAUAGGAUACUUGUCGUCAACUUUAAAAAACUGUCUAACGGCCAAGAAGCGCGGAACUUGUGACGCUGUAACGGUAUCAAAUAUUUGGACGCCUCUAAAGAGAUUCCUCUAUCUCCCCAUACAGACGACGCGUUUUAUUCGUUUCAGCCAACUUUUCGCCUCAACCCUUAAAGUAAUCAAGUUCACUUGCACGAACCUCUGGGAAGGGUUUGUUUUUUAUUAGACCACAUUUUGACAUAUCUUUCAGUUCAAGAUUGCUGGAAGGCUAUGCAACGUGGAUCAAAGAUGAUCAAGUUGGACAUUAAUAGAAAAGGUUCCUCCAAGAAAACGUUUGUUUUAGAUGAGGAUAUGAAAGGAAUUAGAUACCAACCUUCUAAAAAGAAUUCUAAGUGUAAGUAAAUUCCAUCCGUGCUUCUUAUAACUUGUGAAGACAUUCAGAGUCAAUCUCAAUAUUUCAGUAGGAACCAAAUCCAACCCCCACCCCCCCCCCCCCACCAACUUCGUAUCAGGGAGUACUAUGUGAAGUGCCUCUGGUAACCUAGACCAGAUGCUAAAAUUAAUAAAAACAUCCACCCUAUGCUAUACGUUCAAGUUUCAGUUCCCUCCGAUCAGUUCUGUGGUAGUUUUAGAACCUUGUUCUAAACCAAAACGUUUCUUAAUUCAAUACUUUCUUUUAAUUCUAAAAAUACGUACCCUUUACAGCCGUACUUAUUAAAUGAAAACCCCCUUCGAUUAAGCGCCCCACCUGUUCUUUUCAUAUGGAUUAUACCUACUAUAUUAUAACAGAGAGGCAGUUCCGCAUUCAGCCUUAGCCUGCGAAAACAGACGUUUCUCCUCGCUCAUCGCCGGUGGGGGACGCUUCGCGAGGAGGAACCGCCUCGCGAAAUAUCGCCAGCGGCGAGGAGCGAGGAGAAACGUCUGUUUUCGCAGGUUACAGUUCAGCCUGCAUUCUUCUCUUAUAUUCCGCCCCUUUGCCCUUCUAUUCCCCCGCUUAAGUGCUCCCCAGAACCAUACGUGAUCAAUGUCACUCUUAGUAUUAUAGGAAACAGUUCCGUAAGGUGUCCUUUGACAAAGAUUCCUCAGGGCGUCAGCCUCCCUUCUCGCACCUGAGCGCCCCCAUUGACACCUUCUGUGUCGGUGUUUAAGCCCGAAAUUUUUUAAAAAAUGGAAGAUCUACUCUUUAUAUGUCCACUUGUGGAGCAUUAAGGCCAUUUUAUAGUCCUUCCAAGGUUUUCAAAAAGUAGAAAACGUACUAGGAAGCACUCAGAAGAUCGGACGAGGAAAAGUUACGAAAAUUGCCCCUACUGAAUGAAGCGCUUGAACAGGUUAAGCGCCUUUGAAGUGAACUUCCGUUUCCAAUCUACUAUAAUUCAAUCUCAGGGAAUCAUUAGGGAGCUUUAGAAGCAAUCGGGCGUUUUUGAGCGACACACGUUAACAGGAAGUGGCCUUUUUGCAUCCUAGGGCAAUGGGCUCAAACUCUCGGGUAAAUCGUAUUUAUAAGAAAAAGGACACUAAGUAAUACAAAUUUGCUAUUGUCAAGGCAUGCAUAUAAAGACUAGGAGAAGGUCUCACUUCCUGUUUUCAUGCGUCGCUCAGAAACGUCUUUGCUAAGGUCCCAAUUAUUUCACCCUACAUUCCUGUGGUUCAGAGAGAAAUUUUCUUCCUUAAUCACCUCUAAUUGUCCUUUGGUUUUUUUGUGUGUGUUAGUUGCAAUUGAUAAAAUGACAGAUGUACUCUCUGGAGAGAGUGUGAGUGACCUUUUUCAAGGAUUCUUGAAGAAACACUCUCCCGACAGCUUUAUAUCCAUAAAGUUUGGUCAAAAUGGCGGUACAACACUCAAUAUGGUGGCAGAGUCUAAAGAAGUGGCUGACUUUUGGGUGAGAGGACUGCGGAAACUCAUAUUGAACAGAGGUUUGUUUAUUUCUAACAAACGUUUCUUGAGUAUGCUAACAACAUACUAACAUACGGCGGAGAGAGAGAAAAAUGCUCCCCGCCGCGUGUCGCCUUUUCUCGCGUGGGGUGAUUUUCACGCGCGCUCACGUUUCGCUCGCUCUACUAUCCCUGAGGAAAAAUGGGGGACUACUCGUAGCCUGGUUAUUGUACAUUGUAAGCCUCUUUGACGGCACCACAUUUUCGCACCGAAAGUAUCCUCCAAAUGAGGGACCAAUAUUUUGUUCUUCGGUUUUCGUUCACGCCGCUUAAUUUUCUGGUAAUGUAACCCGCCUGGGCACGACCUUUAAAAAAGUCCGUAUUUUGUUCCGCAACAUUCGGGUCAGGACAAGCUUUUGAGGUAAAAUGUUCAUGCAGGUUUAAAGAUUAGAACGAAUUUCAAACACAUCAACUUUUUUAAUUUUGUUAAGUUACUUAUUUAUUUAUUUAUUUGUUUAUCUUAUUUUUAUUUUUCCCGCUAUCCAGGUAAUUUAGAGAAAGAGGACAAAGAACACAGAGAACAAUAUCUUUUUAUGAUUCCCUUGUUGUUAUAAAUAUUUCGUUUAUUCGUAGGUUUGCUUUGUAACGCCUUAACAUCUGCUGAAUCAUUUUCUGUAACCUUUGAAGACUCCCUGUACAUUUAACACAGCGCUCUUCUUAUGUUUUCUUAUGAAAACUGUAUAGUUGAAUUUGCGCGGUAUAAAUAAAUGUUAUUAUUAUUACGUCAUCAUUAAUGUUUUACGAUAACUAGAACCACCCGUCUUCCUUUAGAAUCAAACAAAGUUAGACAAAAAUUUAGGGACUCGUAAUCGUGCAGAAAUGAUAGCACCUCUACCGAAAUGGGUAUCUUAGAGCGUAAGAUAAAGUGGGGGAGGGGGGGGGGGGCGGAUAGGGAUGAUAGAGAGGGGUUUGGAGAGAGGCUCGUGGGUCACGCGUGAUAUAUAUCGAAGAACAUUACCAAAUGUGUGUUGUUGUCUUUGACACUGAAUAACGUGGCUUAUGGAUGCCUUCGAAAAGUUUGACAAGAAUAAAGAUGGUUCGCUUGGACUGAAAGAAAUUCAGAGAUUGGUGGAAGCAUUGAAUGUGAGCAUGAGUCCCGGCCAAGUGAAAAAGAAGUUUAAGGUAAGCAAGGAGAAACGGUUUUGCAGUUGCUUAUGAAUACCCCUGAUUUGGUUCAUUCCCCUCUUUUGUUGGUUUUACUCGACAGAGGGAUAAUUGCCUGGGAGUCAAAAUGAUUUCUGGAAAGAAAAUUAUAUGCCUUUUUUUUGUAACUUUGUAAAAAGGAGAUGUUUGCAAACUUAAAGUUCCGUUUCCAGCGGUUAAGAGCCUAUUUUUAGUACAAGACAAAAAUACAGCUGGCUUGCUUUAAGGCGCAUCACUUCACAUGAUUAUUCCUUAUGCACUUAUACCCAGACCUAAGUCAUUCGAACACUGCUCGAAAACCACAGCGAUGAUCCAUUUAACCCCUUUUAAUUCCUCAAAAGUUCUGGAGCUUAUUUCAAUUCAGGAUGCGAUCUGAACAAGGAGGAGCGCUUAAUCAACUUAGGUUGUUCAUUCGGAGCUGUUCGGCUAGUGAAGUCUGACUGACUGACCAAUCAAUACAUCGUUAGCAUGGCGAUUAUUUGGUCUUUGUGCUGAGAUGCCUAAGGGAUUAAUUGUUCUUCACGGGAAACUCAUGAAACUUAGCUACGGUCCUGAACAAAAGUCAUUUGGACGACGAUGCAAUAUUCGCAAUUAUCUUCGACGUCUGGAUGCCCUCAUAAAAUGGGGCCAUCUUUUUCAAAGUACUUCGCAGUUCUCCCUCCUUCCAACUUUUAAAAUGUUAUACUCAGAAAAAUUCUGGAUACACUUGUCCAACGUUGUUUUUGAGGUGGGGGAGGGGUUGGGCAGGGGUUGGGCAUGUGUGAUUUGACAGAAAAAAAAAGACAAAUUUGUCCCAAGUCUUUUGCCCGUGAUUGUAGGCGGACUGCGUUAGUCUAUCGUUCUUUCUACAUUCAUCCUUUAUCGCAAGGCUGGACAACAGACCGGCUAGACUGAUUAAGGAUGUCAAUCCAAAGAAAAUCUUAUUUUAUUAGGAAGUAAAUACUGAUGGUGACGCAGCACUUGACAAGGACGAGUUUGCAUCGUUUUUCAAGUCCAUUUCCACAAGAGAAGAAAUUGUCAACCUUCUGGAGAAAUUUUCAUCUAAUGGCGCACUCAUGACUGCAGAGGACUUUCAUUACUUUCUGGUCAACGAGCAAGGGGUAAGUUAGCAGAUUGCUGGGCAAACUUUUAGGUAGAUUCGGCCUGUAGAUUGCUGGUUUUUACGGGUCACAAAGCAAACAGUCAUUUCUCCGGACGGUCAGUCGGUCUGUCAGCAAGUCCAAAGGUCAGUUCGUAGUAUCUAGUCGUUGGUCCGCGAGGCAGUUGUCGAGCUGUUUGAUUCAACAAACGGCGGUUUUACUAUGCAACGUUAUUCCAAUUGUUCUAUUUCAUUUGAUUUGUCUUUUGCUUGGGUUCGCGUAUACCUUUUUUACCCAUCCGUUAGCCUGCGUAGCUGGAAGGAUUGUGGGAGUAAUUUCUACGCAAAGAACAGAAAGAAGUGGCGAAUCCGUGAGGGAUUUUCGCGCGCUCCUUUGAGAACCUACUAGCAAAGUUUAAGAAUUUGUUUCUUUCAGAUGGAAGACGUUAGCAAGGAAUACUCUUUGGAAAUGAUGUUAAACCAUGAACCAACAGAGGCAGGAAGAAAGAAUAGAGAAUUAGGAAUAGAUGGUCAGUGCUUUGGUUUUUUUUGCCAAAUCUUUGCUCGCUAGAGUGCUUGUGCGGCCUGGGAUUGAAAAGCGAGUGCUUGCAUAUAUUCGUUUCAGUUAAUAGACAGGCGAGUGGUAUCUUCCCUUGUUAACAUGCAUGUCAGAGUGCAAGUGGAUUCCUUUUGUCUCAACCCCUUGUCACCAAACCAGAAUGAUGCCGUCUCUCUUAUCAUUAGUGGAAAACAAGUACAAGAUUUUUACAUCUUAUGCCAUCUCACUUUUAUAUAAGAAAAGCGCGACAAAAAUCCCUUUUCCUCACCUUGGGAAAGGCAAAUUGGUUCGAAUUAUCGGGAGGUUUCAAACAUCGAGUGUAAAAUUGCACCGUUUGCUUGGCAAAGAGAAGUUAAGUUUGGCUCGAAUCAUCGGGAAUUUCGAAAAACCGAGGAUUAGAGAAAUAGAGAAUACUUCAUGGAAAGUGCUGGCGUACGGUAUUUACGCACGAGUUGUUGACGUAUCAGAAAUCGAACGAGUGAGCGCAGCGAACGAGUAAGAUUUCUGAUACAAAAACAACGAGUGCGUAAAUACCGUACAAAGCACUUUCCAUGUGGUAUUGUGUUUAUUAUAUACAUACUGAGUCAUUCAUCAUUUUGCGGGCCUUUUUAUUUUAAAUCUUUCAAAAAUGCUAAAAUUUGCCGCUACACACUUACCGCAAAAUGACAACGAAAACGAAGUAUCAGCUUUUUAGUAAAAACGUUUGUUAAAAACAUAAAUGACGGUGAGGAUAUGAGGUUUAAUCCAAGAACUAUAAGUAAUCUUAACUGUUUGUUCUCAAUGCACAAUUGAAAAUGAGUGAAUUUAAGUAAAAUGGCCGGUUUCAAUAUAAGCUUAAGCUUAAAUGAAAGGCAAAGUAGCUCCGACAAAAAGCACAACAAAAGCUUACGUCUCGUUCUGUUUAUCCCUUUCCGCUGUUGUUUCGCCGGCUCUCUACCGUAUUUUUUUAUCGACAGUGAAACAAACGAAACUAUUCCACUCCAUUUCCGAAAUGUUUUUCACUUUUUUAGCGAGAAAAACUCCUUGAGUAAAACUUUUCUCGUUGAUAAAUGUGUGCGAAGCGGCGCUGCAAGCUGCAAUAAAAGGCGGGAAUUUUGGCGCGAAACUCGCACACCUCUGUGGCUUCUGAUUGGACGUAUCAUUUUUCUCACACGUGAAAAAACAUCGUUCGCGAUUCUGAUUGGACGUAUCGUUUUUUUCACGUGUGAAAACCAUCGUUCGCUCCUCUGAUUGGCUAUAACUAAUUUGCGUACGAAAAUUUACGACAUAGCUUUUUGGUGAGUAUUUCUCAGUAUGUAUAUAAUGGUGAUUCCACUAUAUUUGUCAGUGCAGACUCUUGUAGAGUUAGCUCAAAAACUCUUGUGCGCCUGUUUCUUGUUUUUCGUCCGUUUUAGUUUGAUAAUGGUAAACAUAUUCCCUAUACAUUUUCGUAUAACGAUUUUAGAUUUUUUUUUCAUCGCAGGCUUGGCAAACUACCUUAAAUCACCCGAAGGAGACAUUUUUAACCACGACCACGACAAAAUUUAUCAAGACAUGACUCAUCCGUUGACACAUUACUACGUAGCCUCAUCCCAUAACACCUAUCUUCUGCAAGACCAACUUCGCGGCCCUUCCAGCGUGGACGCCUACAUCAAUGCACUGAGGAAGGGAUGCCGUUGUGUUGAGCUUGACUGCUGGGAUGGUGAUAAUGAUGAGCCCAUUGUAUACCACGGACACACACUCACAUCGAAAAUCCUUUUCAAAGAUGUCAUACAAGGAAUCAGUAAACACGCUUUUGAAGUUUCGGAGUAAGUUGUCAUUUUGUAUGUGUGUAUUUUUAGAAACUUUGAGCCUGUGGAAGAACUCUUAGAGCGGCCAAAGUCGGGCAUUUAUAAUUCUUUUCUUCAUUCAUCUAAAUUAUAAUAAAAUUAUUUAACAAUCAAUGAAUAAGGCUGAGUAUCUAAUGAAGAAUUAUGGAGAUCGAGGAGGGUGUUGGCCGAGGCGGAUAACACCCUCCGAGAUCUCCAUAAUUCUUCAUAUGAUACGAAAGCCGAAUUCAAGAAUUGUUUUAUUGUUCAUUCAAAAUAAUUCCUAGGUUAAAAACAUAGCUAAAACAAGCUUCCUCCAUCGAUUUGAAGUUGAUCUUCGAUAGUUUACGUUUAGGUUUGUCCAGCUCCGCAAAUAUUCUCCAAAUUGCAGAUGUCGCCCUCCGAGUUGUCUUCUUGUUGUUUUUGCUAUGUUUUUAGCCAUUAUUUCGCCUAGUUCCAGCUGUAGUUAUUACUCUUGAAACGAGUGAAGUGUCCGCCAUUAUCUAAUUUUAGUUUUUACAGCGAAAACAACUCAAUCUCGUCCCCAGGUCUUCCCGGUUAACGAUGCGUAGAAGGCUGCAUUUUUGACGUCAUUUCCUCGUUAAACACAAAAUUCUUCCAAAUUUGGUCAUCAGUAAGUGGUUAUGGUGAAUUAUGCGUGUACCUUUAGCCAAUCAGAAUUGGGUAAAUAUUUUGAAUGAAUAAUAAUAUUAAUUAUUAUUAAGUCUCACGCUUAUAUGUUCACACUAAAAUGUGAUAGCUUUUUCUCAUUUUCGAAAACCGUAUCGGAGAGGUAUUUUGCUCACCAAUGAAUUCUUCUUCUUCUUCUUCAAUUUCUUGGCUCCAUCUAUAAAGAUGAUUCUUCAUUCAUUUCGUCCUUACGCAUGCUUCUAGCGGAAGACCUGGUAACACCGCGGCGCACUGAACCGUUACCUCUACUUCCCGUACUGCAAUAAGCGAGGUCACAAUAGUGUGUGCAACCCUGGGGCCGUUUUGUAACGUGGCUGUUCACAUUUUAUCAGAUCGAUGUCUACGCCGCCAAAAAAACUGUUCCGGCCUCAGUGUUUGGUUAUUUUAUCGCCUGUCCGGGUAUCCAGUAAAAGACUUCUUCUCGUUUUUGAUAUGCUACUUUUCGGUGUUUAGGUAUAAGAUAAAACACUCCCUCUCGGGUUUGGUAUGUUAGUUAUCGGUGUCUGGGUAUCAGAUGAAAUACUCCUUCUCUUGUUUGAUAAGUUACUUAUUGGUGCCUGCAUAUCUGAUGAAACACUCCAUCAGGUGAAGAGCAAUUGUAACACUCAGAUUUUCACUGUUUUGUAGGUAUCCAGUUAUUCUUUCCCUGGAGAACCACUGCAGCCUCCCAAAUCAAAAGAAAAUGGCAGAAUAUCUCGAAGCAAUUUUGGGCGGUAUCCUUUGUCGACUUACAAUAUGUUGUACGCUUAAUCAUUUCAUUCAUAUAGAUUUUUAAGUAAGUAAAUCACUAAUAAAAAAAGAAUAGAAAUAAUCUGGAUAAUCUAAAAGCGGUGUUAGGCGAGUGUAUAGUAAGCAGGUGAAGAACGAGUCUAUACCAGUAGCACAGCAAGCACCCUCGAAAGAUUGAAUAUAUAAAAUAUUAACUAUGAGGUCAAUAUUAUAGGGAAUAAUUAUAACUUAGCCCCAGGACCCCACGCCGUUUCGUCCGCUGGGUGUUGACUGAAUUCUUCUUGUAAUCUGAUCAUUCGUCUCGCUGAGUCAGUCGAUUGCUGUUUUCACACCCUCCCUACCGCCCUCGGGGCUUCCGUUGAGUCCUCAGGGUCUCAGUUCCUUCAUUAAAGACGCCCAAGCAGAUUCACUGGCUUGUUGUUUGCUGUGGUGCGCGGGGAACACGAGGGAUAAUUAAUCAGAUAAAUAGAAGUUAUAUGCCGAAUGAAUGUGUAAACGAAAAGUUUGAUUGAUUAAAAAGAAGGCAGGAUGUUGUUCCUUGAUUCAGAUAUCGCCUAGAUGUGUUGUACAAAGUGCCUGUAGAUGCCCAGUUUGAUUCUUUCCCAUCUCCAGAAUUCUUCAAGAACAGGAUUCUUAUUAAGGUACUGCAUGCAUUGCAUUUUUUCUUGAUUCCAAACCAAACACUCGUACAAGUACGUCUUUGUCUUUUGACUCUGGUUUGUGUUGUUAACAAUUGACAUUUUUCUUUUUAGUUUCGUCAAAUGAAGAUAGCGCAGGGCCUUUACAGUUGUCUCCGUGGCAACAAGUUGAACUCAGUCACAGCCCACCAGGGUAGUUUUCCUGACAGGCGCCCGGGUGGAUGUCACGCAUCGCUCCCCGUGCCUAAGCGGCUGCUUCAAAGUAAAGUUUUGCGUCUCGAUGCCUUUUGCAUCAGUGUGUUCUUUUUGUUUAUUUGGCUUUCGCGGGGAAAACCCUGACUCCUCCUUUAACUGGCGAGGGAAAGGAAAUCGUAACGUGACGUCGACCGAAGCUGUGGCUGUGCCACAGUGGUGGAAUUGAUCACCCUCGAUUGAUUCGACCUGAUAGUUGUUCUCGCCGUUUCUUGCCUUGAUUUCUAAUGUAGGGUUUUAUCACACAGGGCAAGAAAUUAAAACUUGAACACGAGGCUGAUGACGAAGACGUCGGUGAUGUAACGGACGAGGACGAGGCUGCUGAUAUCGAUCAGGAGGCUGCAGCCUCUCUACUGCAGGAAAAGAGUGCCGAGGGCGGAGAUGGACCCUCCACUACUGCGCCAACUACCACUGAUACCCCGCCAGUGAAAAAGAAAGAGAAGAAGCCCAAGAAGGUAAUAGUAGAGCAAAUGUAGGGCUUGACAUUAAGUAUAUUUCUUCGUUAUAAUCUCACCGAUUUCCCAACUGGAUAGGAAAUCGCAAAGCUGGCUCAAAGUUUUGAUUAUUCCAAGCUACCGUGUCAGCCUCCCUAACUACCAAAUGAUGUGCGUCAUGAUCAUGAAUAUGAUAAAAAUUCAAGCAUUGACUUUUUUCCUCAGUAACUUGCUUUUUGCACGCAAGGGCAAUAUUCACCUCAGGGAUUAACUCAUAGACCAAUCACGCGUAAGCAUAGAACUAAUCAAAUUCCUGGCGUUUUAAGCCUUAUUAUGCAAGCAUUAUUUCUUUAAUUUGCUCUGAUGAAGGGCUACUUCUCGAAACUUCCGCUUUUAAAUCAUUUCAUGGUGGAAGAUUGACUUUCUCAACUCAUUUAAUAAAUAAAGGCGAAAAGGUUGCACAGGAAUUUUAACAUAAACAGAGUUAUUGAACGGAAUAUAAAUUAUUUUACUUUUCCCGUAUCUGAGUUUGUAAAUUGUAACACUGACACUUGACUAACUUUUUUUCAAUACUAACCCUUAAAACCAAGUACUUCAGACUAACACUUGUUUGCAUAUAUAAUUAUUAUUAUUCAUUCAAAAUAUUUCUCCGUUUGUGAUUGGCUAAAAUCACACGCAUAAUCCAUCAUAACCAGCUACUGUCGACCAAAUUUGGAAGACUUUUGCCACAUGUGAAAAAUGACGUCAAUUGUGCAGUAUGAUUGCCAGAAAACUGAACAGUUAACCGAGAAGACCUGGGGACGAGGUUGAGUUGUUUUGGUAGUAAGUACAAAAGGCGGAACAUUUCACUCAUUUCACGAGGAAGAAAUAGACGAACUAUUGGCUAAAAACAUAUAAAGGACAGCAAGAAGACAACUCGACGGGCAACAUCUGCUAUUUGGAGAAUAUUUGCAGUACUAAACGACCCUUUAUCUCCUAAACUUGCCAAUAAACAGGCAAUUGAAGAUUAGCUUAACAUCGAUACAGGCUAGAACUAGGAAUUAUUUUGAAUGAAUAAUAAAAUGAUUAUUGAAUUCGGCUCUCGUAACAUCUAAAGAAUCAUGGAGAUCUCGGAGGAUGUUAUCCGCCUCGCUCACCUUGAUCUUCAUAAUUCGUCAGAUGAUACUCAGCCUCAUCCAAUAAUUGUUAAAUAUCUUGAUAUUAAAACUCUAAACCUUGUUAAUGACUCCUUUUUACUUCUAAACUUUAAUAUAAGCUGCUUUAAACUUUCCGAUAACAAUGGAUCUAGCUAAGGGGCUUUUGGGGUCUGCCUCACUCCCCCAGCCCAUCCUUUAAGCACCCCUCGUAUCUUAAGGUAUAAAUGAGCGAGUCCCAAACAUACCUGAAGAUCUGAAUCCGCCAUUGCAUAAACUCGACGAGUUUCUUUUUGCUAUUGAGUGUUUUAUUUUUUGCCAUUUUAGUCCAUUUUAUUGUUGUAUGUAUUUGUUAGGAAACUCUGCGCCGAUCUUUUCGUGCCGUUGGUAAAGUGGUGCGUACCGCCGGUAGAUUAAAAGAUGAAACAGAUGUAAGUCAACAUAAAUUUUUUAAACAUUUGUAAAUUUAUUUAAAAAAGAAAACUAAAUUUUAAAAUAAUUUGUUCCACAUCUAAACUUAUAAAAUGUAAAUGUUUGCGUUCAACCAGGAUUAACGCCUGAAGACACUUAAACUGCAUUAAACUGCAUGUUAAGAUACACGAGAGUUUAUUGUUAGCCGAUUGAGUGCUAAUACAUGGGUUAACAUAAUACAUAAACUUAGGAAAUUCUAAAAGCGGAACUUCCGCUCAAGACUAACCUUCUAUUUGAAACAAUAAUAUUUAAAUCAAUAGGAGAAAAAUAGAAUUGUCCUUAACAUUAAUCUUUUUUGUACUUUAAGACUUUGUGCGAGGGAAAACAGACUGUUUACUUCAAAUUAUAAGCACAAUAAUAUGCUUAAAUUAUAAUAUCAUGACCACCAAAGUUAAUCAAUUCGAAGUUGAAAUUGCGUUGAAAAAAAAAAUGUGGAAUUUGAGUGAAAAACAAACUAGUGGGAGAUGUAAAAUUACAAACUUUCUCAAUUAAUAAACCGUGAGCUGCGUUGUACAAUUCAGGAGACAGUCGCCACCACCCAUAUGAUCAAAACGAGUGACCGAUAAAUAGGCUUAGAAAAAACACUCAACAACUGGAAAAAAAGAAAGCUAACUUUAAUUGGCAGAAUCAAUAUUGUGAAGACGUUAGGUUUGUCGAAACUCAUAUAUUGCAGUUCGUUACUGACCGUAUCUAAAUCCCUUAUAGACAGAAUUAAUAAGAUUAUUUUCGGCUUCAUUUGGGAGGGUAAGCCUCCCAAAAUUAAGAAAAAGACUAUCAUUGGUGAAAAACACUGUGGGGGCCUAAAAAUGAUUGAUUUUGAAAUCAUGGAGCGGUCGCUAAAGAUUGCUUGGAUAAAGCGUAUUGCUGAAUCAAGUAAUGCUUCGUGGAAAAAAAUCCCAAAUCAAGCUCUUAACCAAUACGGAGGUCUAGAGUUCCUCAUCGAAUGCGACUACGAUCCUAAGCUACUCAACUUAGAGAACCUUCCGGAGUUUUACCACACCAUUUUAAAUUACUGGCAUGACUUCAGAAGACUAACCUGUGACAAGCAAAUUUCCAUAAAAAAAAACAAAUAAUUUGGAAUAACCGUAACAUAUGUAUUGAUGGAAAACCAAUUUAUAUUAAAUCCUGGUGUACAAGUGGAAUUCGUUGCAUCGAAGACCUUCUAAAUGUUAACCUUAAAUUUCUUACCUUAUCAGAAAUGAAAGAGAAAUAUAACUUUGAAUUUCCUUUUACCACUUAUUACGGCCUUUUAAGAGCCAUACCAACUGAAUGGAAAAGUGCACUACGAGUCAAAGCAGGCGUGCAUGAUGAAUCUGAAAAGCGCGAAACAUCCUUGAAGCUUUUUUCCACAAAAGAAGCCUAUUCUUCCAUACUUGAUAAAAGCUUCUCAGCACCCACUGCUGAAGGCAGAAUUCUAGAUCAUGGGUUCACCAAAGAGGAAAUUCCUUACAUCUACAUGCUCCCGUUUAAAAUCUUGAAAGAACCAAAACUGAUCAUGUUCCAAGUCAAAAUUAUUCACAACAUUUUACCUACCCAAUCUAGCCUCUUCCGCGCGCAUAACUGAUACUGAUGUUUGUCCUUUAUCCAACCUUGAAAGUCAAUCUCUAAAACAUAUGUUAAUUACCUGUAGUGUAUCCUCUUCGUUUUGGACUUGUUUUUCUAACUGGUGGCACGAAAAAUUUAAACACAAACUGACUUUAUCUGAAAGCACUAUUCUAUAUGGUUGGCACAAAGAGUCAAAUAACUGGGAAGUGCUUAAUUACUGUUUGAUUGUCGCCAAAUAUAAUGUUUUUGCUACAAGCGUACGCAACGGCGUCCUGGACUUUGACAGUUUUCUACUGCGUCUCAACAACAAAAUUGAUAUUCUUCGCACAAUAGCUUUUAGAUCUAACUGCUUAUCGCAAUUCAAAAAAACAUGGGACAAACUUCUUUAGAUACGUGAAUGCUAGUGUCAUUUCCUUCAAGCUACACUUUACUGCUACACUGUUUCACUUACCAGGUUUGCGUCUUUUUCCUUUGAAUUUAGUUUGUUUGUUUGUUUUUUUUCGUUACAAAUUUAGUUUGUUUUUUGCCAUAUAGAUAUAUACAUUUUCAUAGUUAAAAUAACAAGUAUUUGUAAGUAAUUUUUUUUCUUGUCAAUAAAAAAAAAAAAAAAAAAAAAAAAACAUCAGAAGGAGGUUGUUUUAAAAAUCUCGUAACACCAAAUCAAAAACAAAUGACAGAAUGGGCAGAUAAAGGAAAGUUGCGCGCCUUAUGUUUAAACUCAAGGCGACACUAGCCAAGUCCUAAGCCAACAUUAACACUUACUUCUCACUUAGGGCAAAAUGUUGGCUUAGGGGAGGGGUAGGUGGGCAGUUUCCCGGAAACGUUUAAUUAUCCGUUAUAAGUAAGUAGACCCUUAAGUAUUAAAAUAAAAUCUCUUAAAAGUUUGGAAGUAUAUUAAUUGCUUUUUACUUUCUAAUAUUUGGUCACACUUGGAGCAGGGUUAAACAGGUAAUACAAUGUAAAGAAAAUACAUUAUCAAAUCAAAGACUCUAGUAAUGAACAGUAAAAAUUGAUAAUAUUAACUUUUCAAGGGUGACACUUACAAUUACUGAUGACCUAAUGGCUAACAUCGUGGCCCACACGUGAAUAGAAGAAACAAAUAGUCCAAAUUGAGUAUAACAAUUGCAAGAAUCGCAGCUGGCGGGAGGCAAACCAGUCGUUUGUUUUCAGCUUUACUUACUUACUAAGGAAGGCUGUUCCACAAGACUGAGGCUGCUACCAUUAACGAUCGAUCCCCCAUAAUCUUUUUCGUUUUGAAUCGCGGAUAUUCUCGCAAUAUACCAUUAUUGUUUCGACGCAAUUGGUAAUGUGGAGCAGGCAAGACUGAAACUAAAUUCUUAUUCUAAAUUAUCAUACUCUCUAAUAAUCCACUUUAUUUUCUUGGUUUAUUCGUCGUAACGCAUUUAUCAUUUGGGACCACUGUGACUUCUUUUUUCGGUGCUCUUCUGUAUCAUGCUUUGUAAGUAGUAUUAUAUGGACCGAAUUAUCCUUUUUUGAGGUAAACAAACGUGGAUCUUGUCCAUGGGAUUCCAUGUAUUAUGAGAAGUGAUCUUGUACUUUUAGCUGGGCGAAAUGGUGAUUAGUGCCACAUGUGUUUGCCGACAGGAAUCCGAAAUCCUCAUUGUUCCUUAUUUCUAACUGUCAUUCUUAUCCUAAUAGGAGGAAAAGAAUGCGAAGAAAACCAACAAGCUUAAAUUGGCAAAAGAGCUUUCCCGCUGUGUAAACUAUGUUUCCAGUGUUGGUUUCAAAGGAUUUGAACACGCAAAGCAAAACUGUAAGUGGACAGAGAACAAAGCUUAUGUGAUUGACACGUUCGGAGACAAAUUAGGCAUGCGCAGUAGUAGGGAACAAAUCGAGCGCGGGCAAUCUCGUUCCCAGAGGCCGCGAUCCUUUUGUACAGCGACGGAGAUCACUGUACAAACGUAACGGAGGCUCUGGGGGAGAGAUUGGAGCGCGGGUCGAGACCUGCUAUUUUAUUACACAACUUAGAAGAGAUUAAAUCAAAUGGCUGUUCACACGUUCACGUAUGUUAGUUGAACCAAAUCAAAAAAAAAUAAUAAAUGAUAAUUGAAAGUACGUCAAACCUAGCCUCCCCCGCAGACAUUCUUAGGCGUGCGUGGGGAAGGAACGCGUGACGCACGCCUAAGAAUGCGUGCUCGGGAGGCUACGUCAAACCAGUCUCUAUGCGAAACAAAGACAAAGCAGCUCUAGUAAGUUGUACAAAAACAAACUCAGUAGAGUUAGUGUGAACCGAGAGCUUCUUAGGCACAUUAGAUGCAGACGUGCGUGUUAAACGUGUAUUGGUAGGUUUUGUACUUAAUAAACCCUUCAAAAAGGAUGCGUUAUAGUGACCGAAACCAAAAUCACGCGUUAGACGUGCUUAGUUGGGUUUUGUACUUUAUGCUCAGUAGCUGAAACUGAAAGAUAUUCUAGUUAAAUAAAGAAACCCUUCGAAGAGGAUGCCUUACAGCAAGAAAAGGAAACCAAAAUCACAGACCUCUAAAACAGUUAAUAGGAAAUAUGGACUGGAAUUAAAUGCCGACGCCGUCAAAAAUACUGUUGUAUAGAAAACCAAAUAACUGAAAAGACACAUAGCUUGAGAUUGACACUUAUCACUUUUCAAAAGUAAUACAACUAGAAGUGUGAAGCAACCUAAUUUUUAUGCGUGGACUAUUUCACUUUUAAAACAGACAAAUUUCAUCAGAUGUCUUCCUUCGUGGAGUCAAAGAUGGCCAGCCUGAUGACAAAUUCAGGACGUGAUUUUGUGGAAUAUAAUAAGAGGCAAUUAAGCCGAAUUUACCCAGCUGGUGGGAGAGUGGACUCCAGCAAUUAUAACCCUCAACAAGCUUGGAAUGCGGGCUGUCAGAUAGGUAUGCGAUGAACAGACGAAACGUAUUCUUUUUUGUAUUUUUAUAGUCUGUAACCUCUGUAUACACGUUUCCGCGUCUAUUGUUAUUCUCUACCAGUCUUAUUUUUUCUUUAUUUCUGUAUUUUUUAAAAUAUUUUAACAGUUUAUUCCACUUUUCGUUAGCUUUUCUAGCCCCUGAUGAAGGUUAUAUUGAAUUUUUCCAAACAGAAAUAUUGGGCAAAUAGAUUACCCAUUCAUAGCUGUCUGAUAUCAUUAUAAAAUACAUUUGAUGCCGGGAAACAUAAUUUUUUAGGUUAACUCCAUGUAUUCCGGCUUUUUCUGGAAUACGGUCAACGGUCAUUUGAACGGGCCUUUAACUACAUUGUUCAUUUUUUUUUUGUCGUUUUUCUGUUCUCCGUAGUUGCUCUUAAUUACCAAACGGAUUCGGAACCCAUGCAUCUGAACCAAGGGAAAUUCAGAGUUAAUGGACGCGCAGGAUAUAUCUUGAAACCAAAACACCUCAGAGACCGUAAGUACUUUAAAAACAUUAGUUUAGUGCAAAUCAGUAAAAUGCGCUGGAAUUAAACAUCAUUCAUCAGUGGGUGAUUUGUAUACUUUUGAUUGACUCUGUAGCUUCAUUCAACUUUAACCCUCAUACAAAGACCGAGAUUCCAGGAAUAGAGAAGAUAAAGAUAGUUAUAAAGGUAAAUUCGUUAUGUCUCUCAACUGUUGGGCACUUACACAGCUUCUUUUUUCGUAGUGAAGGAGCGCUCUUUCUGCCUGGCUUUAGUAUUGUAUAUGUGUAAAAUUGUGUCUUUUUUAUGUGUUAUUUUGUGUUUUUGCUUUUCGCCUCGAUUAUCUAUAAACCCUCUUGUGAGGUAGCCUCCGAACUGCAGACGUAUUUCCGGUCGUCGACCGCUUUUCUCCCUCCGAAAAUAUCUUGUUUUACUUUCCGGAGGGAGAGAUCGACGACCAGAGAUAAGGUCUGUAGUUCGCAGGCUACUCGCGGGAAGAAAACAUCACUUUGUUCUAAAACAUUUAAUCACUUCUAAAAAUGAAAUUACUGGUUUUAUUUUUGGUUGUACAUACCACGUAUUGAGAAGCAAGUUGUAAAGCCGCAAACCACAAGAAAUGAGUGCGUACAUAGGCUAAGACAUAGCAGUUUGCUUCUUCUUUUAAUUGCCUCCAUCGUCUACGUGUUGCAAGGCGCCUCUAAGGAAAAUGAUGGGUUUGCCGCAGUCUAUACUUCAACAGGCUUUCUUCACGAUUCAGAUAUCUCGUAUGUGUUUGAAAGGACAAAUAUGCGGCCUGUAGCUUGAGGUAAUGGGUAGAGACAAUUAUCGUGGUUUUAAAGUGUAUGUGUUGAAAACCCCAAAUGAAUAACGUAGUUUUACGAAAUUAUUGUCAUUUACCUGAAAUCGUUGAAUUUGAUUGUUAGGAUAUCAUUAUUUUAGUAUGACGUCAUUUCCGUAUAUGGAAAAAUGUUCUUUUUCAUGAAUACUGUGGCAGUUCCUCACUUUUGUGUGCGAUCGUGUAGACAUGCCGCGUGUUUCUCUAUAUUUCAUCUUGAAUAUAUUCGCAGGUCAUUUCUGGUCAGCAACUUCCAAAGCCUGCGGGAACUAAAGGAGAGGCGAAGGUCAAAGGAGAAGUAUGUAAAGAAGAUAUAUAGAAGAAUAAAUAGUCUGUCUUUCUAUGCCGCUAUUCCAUGGUAGUAGGGACUUUUACCAUGUAGAAGGCAUGUCGGCGUAAUUUGGGCGGCAAGGAGAGACUUAUCCCGUACCCACUGAUUUCACACCUGUAACCGUGAGAGAUUUGGAUACUUUCUUCUUAUUUCUUCUGCAUAGCAUUUCGAACCAUUGCUACCUAUUUCGUCCUUCUCCUUUCCUCACGCUAGCUUUUUUCUUCCGAAUUUUCUUCUUUCUUUACUGCAAAUUAUCACUAACGGUUAAUGUUUCUUUUUUUGACCCUGUUUAUUCACGUAGGCUUUUCGCUUUUUUCUCUCGGGUUCGUUCGUCCUACCUACAGUACUCCACCACCCUCACCCUUUUCCUUGCUUCAUUGACGUUUUUCCCUGUUUUGCCUUUCAGGUUAUUGAUCCGUAUGUUAAGGUUGAUUUUCAUGGUAUACCAGCAGAUACUGCCAGCUUUAAAACAAAAGUCGUCAAAGAUAAUGGUGAGCAGAUUCAAUUGAUAGCGCAUGGAUACACCGUUCAUAGAACUUGUACUCUUUACUCUUACUCUCGAGGUGUACCUAUUUCGCAAAUGUAAGGUAUUCAUUGUCUAUUGUAAUAUACUUUCACAUUCUACGCUAGGAUGUCUUAAGUUGAUUUCCACUUGUUGCUGUUUUGUUUUUAUGUAGGUUUUAACCCAAUGUGGAAGGAAACAUUUGAAAAAGAGCUUCUUAUGCCAGAACUCGCUAUGAUUAGGUUUGUGGUUUUUGACGAAGACGUUGGUUCUCGUGACGACUUCAUAGGACAAUUCUCGUUACCCUUUACCAGCGUUAGACCGGGUAUGUUACUCUACCUAUCGUUGUUGUCUUGCUUAAAAUACUGAAGGUCUAAUGGUAUCAAGUCUUAUGAUAUUAGGGAGCUUAAGCAACAACGACGGCGGCGGCGGCGGCUGCGAAAACGUCACUUAAAACUGAAGUGAAUUCGCGCUACUUUAAACUUUAUCGGGCUUAUUCCACCUCAUUCAAUUCGUCAAAUGUUGGCGAAUUUUUCUGGAGUUGAAUUCUAAAGGACUGUAUCGAAGUUCAGGAAAAACAAAGUCGUUGUCUUGGUUCACGUCUUCCAGAAAACGUGGAAUUAGGCAGUUUCACGUAGUGGUGGUGCAACGACGGCAAGCUGGAAAGUACAAAAAAGUGUGAGUGUUGUUUUUUUGCUGACAUAAACCUGUUGCUUCUUUUUUUGCCGUUCUCGUUGCCGUCGCCGUCGUCGUUGCUUAAUUAAGUUCCCUAUUAUCAGGGUAAUACGGUGGAUUCAAAACCCCUCUCCCCCUCCUUAUUCGCGCCAUGAUUAAACAUUGCUCCAACUUGUUAGUUGAAUUAGUGUAAUUGCACUUGCCGGACCACCAGCGCCAAAACACCCUCUAGUAAAAUCAUUAUAGCUGUAGUUAAGUAAUUUUCUUAGUUCAGGUGAUAAUGAUAUCCUCUUACCCGGACGUCUUUAGGGCGUCGUCGCGCGUUUCUCCCCAACGAUCGCCCUUUAGCCUUGAUUGCAUUGUUAGGAGGUGACGUUAAGCCGUUGGCGUUGUCCUCUUCAUUCUUCCUUCGCGGUUUAUGCAGACGGGAUUUAAAAGAAACCACAUUGCUCUUUAAGAAGCUAAGCUUGCUUGGCCGACCUCUGUAAUCACUUUAAUUCCCAUGUAAAGUGAGCAUAAAACAGUGAGACCAUAAAUGAACUUAAAGUGGCAGCCGCAAAUGCCCUCUUUGCUGAGAGAGAUAAAUUAAAAAAAUAAUGUUAAGUGUGUUGUCUACUCCUUCCACUUUCCUUUCCAUUUUAUUCCCAUCAAUUUGGUAUCGAAGAUACGUUUUGUUAAUAUUGGUUUGUACUUUUCGUUUCCUAGGAUACAGGCACAUUCAUUUGUUAGGCAACAAAGGAGAGUCGCUAGGCUAUGCAUCUCUAUUCGUUCAUAUCAGUAUUUGGGGUGGCUCCAAACCCAACAAGUCCUCCGACAGAUCCUCGCUUUCGGUAAGAUUGCAAUUUGUUGCUGAUAUUGCUGUUUAUCAGGAUGUAGUUAUUUUGCGGCGAUAAACCGAUGUUUGUGAGGUAAGCCCGCGCCCGCCCAGCCCUUCGCCCUUCUCCCCCUUUUUCUCUCCUAUACGAAAACCGCACGCGAAUGAGCGGCUCGAAAUCGAUCCUUAGUGUAAAUGGAAGACCUAAGGACUAAAACCGAGUGUAACCUGUUAAAAAAGAAAGAAAGAAUCUAGCUGCACACGAAAGACAACGCGACCCGCCUUUUUAAUGUGCCAUUGCUCACUCUAUAUCACACCUUGAGACAUCGACCAGUUUGAAUAACAGCCACCGAUUCUUCGUUAAGACUCGUCGUUAUCUAUUGUUUUAUUCGGUGUAAUGGCAAACUGGACGCUGUAAGUACAUGUCGCGAAAGAUAAAAGGAUCCUGGGCGAUGUAAGCGCUUAGUCUCCAACUUUUGCAACUAGACAGAAGUGCUCUUCUUGGACUGCACCCAGACAUUCAAAUUUAAAAACCAGUGACACCUCUUUAAUACGGACACCUGAGGGACAAAGCUAGGUGUCCCCAUUGCAGAGGUAUUUUAGAGGUAAGGAAUAUUUGAAGUUCGACAUCUUUGGGAAAAAUAAUUGUUUGUAUUAUAGAUAUGUUCGUGAGUAGAGGUCCGACGAUAUGAGUAAGGAAUCAAAGCCUUCCCACCUACCCCCCCUCCCCCCUCCACUUCCGCCAUCUUCUACGCGGGCUGCGCAGUGCAUACAACUUUAAUUUAAAAAGUCCCUUAAAUCCCCAUACUGAAGAGUAAUUAUCUUUCCAUGUUGUUGUUUUUAGGAAGCGGCCUCUCCAAGGAUCUCAUCCCAUUAUAAUUGAUGAUUGCAACAUUUAUUCCAGUCACAAGCGGAUGUUUAGCACUGGAGUUUUUAAGCGUCCUGCUGUUUGGUUGCCCGCUGAUAGUUCAUUUCGAAGAUGGUAGCCAUUUGAACCGAACAAAGACAACGCAAGCACAAGUGCAAUGAUAGAAAACCCGCCCAACAAUUACUGAAAGGACAUGCACCAAAAAAAAACAUUUUUGUGGAAUCCAAUGCAAUUCUUGCUAGAAAGAAAUGAAAUGAAACAAAAUAACAAAAGUAAAAACUACAUAAUAUUUAAAAUGAAUUAAAUCCGCAGCGACAAUGCCAAAAAGUAGUUUGGUGCGUUGAGAGGAAAAUAAUUAUCAUUUAAUAACUGUUCCCCGGAUAUUUUGUGGGUUAAAUUUGGUUUAGCUAACAUUGGGCCGUUAAUAAUUCAGUUGAAAGCCAAAACGACGAAGUUACUGAGGGGGAGGUACAUGCUACACAAGUGAAUGAUGAUAAUAAUAAAUUAAUAAAUUGUCAUCUGCAAAUUUACCUGCGCAAUAAGUAGUGAUAAGUAAGGCAUGCAGGUUGUCAAUUAAGGAUAUUUUACUGAACGAUUUUUGUUCCGAAUCUGGGGCUUCUUUGUUUAUUUUAAUUUAGCUGGUUGUAUAACCACACAAAAAAGUCCCAGGAUCGAAUUUUGGACGUAUUUGGUUACACUUCUUUAUCGUAUAAUAAUAAGAAUAUGUGAAGGAGUGGUAAUCUGAUGAAAUUGCAAAUGAUUCAUAUUUGCACAUGAUUCUGUAUUUCGAUGCUAGAAUUGCCAUUUUUUUAUUAAUCGUAAGUUAAACCAAAAGCUAAAAAAAUAAUGUUUUAGACCAUAGUUAUUAGAGGAGACUGGUUAUGAAAAGCGGCAAACAUCAAUGAUAAAAACAACAGUGCUGCAGUUUAUGUUCAAAGCACCGUGAAAGUGCACAAUCCUUUGUUUUCUGUUGGCAAAUUGUAACGGAAUAAAUUAAUGCAACGUUUUUAUUGGUCAAUACAAUCAAAAUGAUAGGAAUUCUUUUGAACGUUGUGCACUUUCAGGUCCACAAAAACAUAUAACAAAGGAGUCUGGCGGGUUUCAUAACCAUUCCACUCAAUUAACCAUGUUUAGACGUAGCUAGGAUAUGGCAAGAUUUUCAUAUCUGAUGUUAUAAUCUAUUUGAGAUGUGGAAGUUGUGAAAGGGUAAAAAACUUAAGAGCAAAGUACGGACAUUGGUCAGGAUGACACUGUAUCCUACAGAUUUCAACAUCAGUAGCAAUCCAGCUAAGCAUGCAGGGAGUUUUUGACUGAAAAUUGGUACGACUACUUGCGCAAUUGUAGCCGCCCAACGUACAGAGUCUAAUGGUCUACUAAGUACAAUCAAUGCCACAUAGCAAUAUCCUGCCACCGGAGUACUUCCGUUUUCGUCACAGUUUUUGGAAGAGAAUCAUGUCUCAACGGCAGUUUUUUUUUUUUUGAACAACUUGAAAUUAUGGUCUUGUACACUAAAUGGCAGCACUAGAAUAUUUGGAGUAAAGAUUCUUUCAAUUUUUUUCUGUUUCUAUAUUUCUGGAACGAAAUUGUUUCAAGGCAACAUUUUUUGAUCGAUCAUUAAUUUUGUAUGUAACAUUAUUAGUUCUUGAUAAGUUUAUAAGAACAGUACUUUAUAGAAUGAAAUUUGUUUCAUUAAAGAGGUGCAAUUUUAUAAAACAAAUGCUCAUGGCCUAUUGUGUCAUUUGUGGAUUGUCUAUAAUUACUUUGUUCGUCUUUGUUAAGGGACGUCAGAAGCCCAUCAUGGGCUCCUAGGGACGUCGAUCCACCAUUAGAAAAGUUAUGGAUUGGCUUUGAUAGAUUGUGCUAGCAUAAAAUUGAGCCUGAUUCGUCACUACGAUACAUUUCAUUUAUUUUAUGAGAAAAGCACUGCCAGCUGUAGCUUAAUUUGCACUUUUGGCUAGAGAUCAGUCAGUCGAGGUGGCUCGACUGGAUUUUUUAGGGAGUAUACGUCCCCACUUUGAGCGUUUACCACGUCGGAAUUAAAAAAGUUAUCGGAAAAAGGUGACCACAGCUGCACUAUAUAAAGAUGAAAAUUUGUUAUGAUCCAUGUUUUAUUGACACCAUAGUUACCAUGGCAACAUAAUGACGACAUUACGUUUUUUACUUGCUUUUGCAUUUCUCGGUGCUAGAAGAUUUUUUUUAGAAAUCGCUCAAGGGAGCUUUUACCUCCCUUACUUGUCCCGGUUGUGGCAAAGUUUGAACAAAUUCUAUGAGAGCGUUUUGGAAAUAAAUUUUCAAGGGUCGUAAAAACAGUGAUAAACAUUCUAUCGACAUAAUUAGCUAAUAUCUAAAGAAAAUGAUGAGGUCUGGAAAUGCAGUUUCAUCUCAUAGUGGUUUGAUUCCAUCUGAAACUUUGUACGAAGAAAGAGGGGGAAUGCUUUGCAGUGGCAGAUUGCGAGAAAGAAAGGUUUGAUUAGCCUACGUUCGGCUGCUAUCUUUACUAUUCUUGUAAGUAACUUGGUCCACGCCUACAAACUUCACGGUUAUUUAAAAACCGAUCGAUAAAUGUUUUUAAAAACUUGAUAGUCCCAGUCUCGAGAUUAAUGAUCAAUUUACAUUUCCGCUAAUGCACCAGUCAAUUCCACCUGCGCCCAGCACCCCCCCCGGGCUGACCCCCGGGCAUUAGCAUUUUUUUUGCCUUGGAUGGCAAAUUCCCGAGGGUGGGGACUCUUGAGCUGUCAAAUCCCCCGGGGUGGGGACGAAAAAAGAGGGCAAACGCCCCGUCCUCCGUCAACGCUGCAACAUUUUUCAUCGAUCGCACAGUCGAAUAGUGCCAUUUUAAGCAUUUUAAUGUGUGACUUUUUGUUUCAAUUAACGUCUUCCUUUGCAAUAGCGCUAGGAUUCUAAUUAAGACUUCACGCCGCGACGACAUGCACUAGUGUAUGGUUUUAGUAUUGAUAUAAAAUUAUUGACAUUAAAAUUAAUAAAACGCUGUAAAGUUAUAUGUUAUGAAUAGUUUUAUAAAUGUGAAAGGAUGUUCUUCAAAUAAUAUGAACAGAAAUUUGAUUCAAUGACCACAAUCAAUAGCUCCAAUUUCGCUAUGUAAUUCUGGCUUGAUAAGCAAUGAAGAAACGCAUUCAUAAAAUCGAGAACAUGCCUUUACAACCCUCUUCAAUUUAUUCCUGUCCUUGAUAUAUGAGCCAAUCUGCUUUUUUUCCAGUAAAACCUUCUGUGUAGUUAUAUUCUGAUAGGAAACCGCGUGCGUGUCAAAACCUCGGGAAUGGUCCCGGGGUUGGCGAAUUGUCCGGCAAAAGUUGCAAAUGCCCCACCCCCGGGACUGACAAGGCGUGCAAAUGCCCCUCAGUAGCCGGGGGGGGGGGGGGGAAUUGACUGAUGCAUAAAUUUCAAGGACAAAAAUAAAUACAAUAUAUAAUUCGUAAUAUAAAAUAAGUUAAUAUAUUGGUUUACAGGGUGUCCCAAAAGUUCGUUCCUCUACUUUAUAAGACUGUGAUGUUGUCUGAUUGGACUUGGUAAGCAAAUCGCUUAAACAAAAGUUGUGUUUCAUUAUAUAAUUUAAUAUUUUAUACUUAGUGUGCCAUCUUGUGACUCUAAUAUUCGAUUUGUGUACUUCACGCCAAAGGUGCGCGUGUGCGAGUACAUUUUCCUGCCACAUAUUUUUCGUAUUCUGUAGCCCAAUUUGCUCAAACUCCUUCCUCAAAUUGUGUUUUGUGAAUAUCACGAAAGAAAAAACCCUCUAAACGCAAAAACGUUCAACUACAUGAGAGCAUAAGCACGUUUACUUCGAUUUACCGGCUUAUCAGUAGAAAUAACUGCUAAAAAACUGGAAAAAUCCGAGAGUUGGGUUGGUGAAAUGGUCAUCGAAAAAUGAAGGUAGACAAAAAAAGAAGGGUAAGACUGACAGUCCUGAAUAAAACGACUAAAAUAGUUUUGAAGAAGGUUAGGUAUAAAAGAGACUACUCAGUGAGAUAGCUCUCACGAUAGUUUGCAAGCCAAGUCUAGAGCAGUUUCAUGAAAAGCGAAGGUUAGAGGCCCCAGAGAUGACAACAAAACCUCUGCUUAGUCUGCCAAACACGAUCAGCUCGUCUCAGAUUUGUAAUUAAGUAAGUAAGAACUUUAUUUUCGCACGAUAAAAAGAUCAGCAUUGCUGGUGGGUCGUGCAUACUAACAAUUACAAGAAAAAUAAGAAGUACUAAAAGCAAAUGCACGAUUAAAAAUUAAAAACUGUUAAAAUGUUUAAAAUAGGCCCUGAAAAUGUACAAUUGAAAAUUAAAACUGUGAAAAGUAGUCGUAGCUGAUAUCUCUAUUUUUAGAAGUAGCUAAGAUUGGUUCGAAAUGCAUUUUGUCGGUAUCAAAUUUUACAAGACAGCGUUUAAGGUGGCUAAACACAGUUUUGGCAGUUUGUGAUUAUAUGUCAUUUGCCAAAUCAUGGCAAGAAAAAGGUUGCUGCUUACAAGCUGAAACUUGGCAAGUGAAAAAUGUAAUGAUGAAAGAUUUUGAUUGACAGGUAAAAACUGACGAUUUCCUAGUUUCCAUGGCAACAUGGACGAUUGAAUACAACCUUAAAAUUUCACAUUUUCUCAGUUUACAUAAAAUUCGCUCAUUAGAUUUUCCUAUAAACUUGCACACAGCUUACUAUAAUUAAUCAUUGCCAUUUGAAACUUAUUUGACCAAAUUUUAACAGACGGGUUUUUAGAUAAUCAAUAAUUUAAUUGAACUGUAAUUAUUAAAUGUUACACAAAAUUAGUCUGUUCAACUUCCUUUUUAAAAUUCUCAUUACUUAAAAUACGAUAAAAGGAAAAAUUCUGCAAAAUAUCACAAAAUUGUAAUGAGUAGAUUUUGAGAAAUCGUCUUCCGUGCACCAUUGCUUUUUCUCCGCCAUGUUUGUUUGUUUCAUUUCUGUUUAAUUUAAAACACGCGCCGUCACGUAAGUUACCGUUGACCGCCCGCGAAACUGUGUCCAGCCACCUUAAAUUCUUUCAAGGUUUUGGCCCUUGUUUCCUUGUUCGUUAAAGUGUUCCAUGCGAUUGCUCCUCUAAAGCGUAUAGAGUUCCUGAUAAAAUUUGUUUCACGUCUUGGAAGAAUGAUGUUCUCAUUUCUUCUGCGGCCUGAAUUCCUCUGUAAAAACAAAUCUUUAAAUUCCGUGACGAUGUAACCUUUUUAACACUUGAAGACAAACUCCGUUAGUCGCAGUUUGUACAUUGUUUCCAGACUAUCCCAUCCAGUUGGCAUUAAGACAUCUUCCGCGCUGGUGUCCCAUGGCAGCCCAUAUACAAUCCGUCCAGCCCUUGCACGGAGUUUCUCCAGGUUGUUUAGGUGCGUCUUAUUGCACGAUCCCCACACUGUCAGACCGUAUGUAACUGAUGGCAGUAUCACUUUUAUGUAGAAAUCUUCUAAUUGCUUCUGAGGGAGGAGCCUGAUCCAGGAGCCCAUAACGCGGAGCGAACAACUUCCAUGCGCUCGUGUCACGGUUUUUUCACGGACCAGUUUAUUUUUAGAACGGUUUUGGUGCGAAUUUUGAAUACCGCAAAUGCUCGAAUUAGCGCCAAGCUUCAAAUAAGCGCUCCUCCUAGGGCUCAAAAUUUGUAAUAAGCGCCCCCUUCAAAUAAGCGCCCCCCCCCCGAGAAAAAAUGAGUUUCGGUACUCGGUACGAUCAGGAGCCCAUAACCCGGAGCGUGCAACUGCCAUAAAUUCGUGCAACGGCGUUUUUACAAGUGAGUUUACUUUUAGAUAAGCUUUUCCCGCGAAAAAUAACUGUUGUCGCUUGGACCUUUUCACAGUCGGCUGUUUCGAAGAUGAUUUCAAUUUCCCUUUGUGUGAAUUAUGCGUUGUCGCCGAUGAAGUAGACAUCCCGGACUCUUCUACGUUUUGCAGAUCUUCCUCUGAACUGCUAGUUUCCGUGUAAAUACUGAAAUUGUCGCCCGAAGUACUGUCAGAAGAAUCCUCUGAAGAUUCCUCACGUACGUCCGAAAUGCUUUUUUUUUGCAAUGUGAAGGAGUUGUCCUGGUUACGUAUUAAAAGUUUAUUAUUGAUGACGCACUUGCUUGUGAUUGGCUUUUCGAAAGCAAUUCGCGGGAAAGGCCUAUCUAAAAAUAAACCUACUUGUGAAAACGCCGUUGCAUAGGCGCAGUAUGGAAGUUAGACGCUCCGGGUUAUGGGCUCCUGGAACGAUAUACGAGACGUAUACGGUCUAUACGGUUCUUUUAAUGAAAUGUGAAAUUGUUAAAUAGUAUAAACAGUGAUGUCCUUUCAAAGUCGCAUGGGUUUGCUUCUCAUUUCUUUGGUAGAAAUAUCCAUAUCCAUCCUUGAGGACAGCGAUACAGAAAUUAAAGUUGAUUAAGAAUCCAAAUGCUUGUUCUAUUGCAGAAAUAAAAUACACUUUUUGAUGAAAAAGUCUUAAGAACGUUUCGAGUUCGCAAAAAGUAGUUUUCUAUAGUUUUUGAAUUUUUAUGUUGCAGUUUGGUUUUAAUGAGAAAUAACGAUAGUGUCAUUUUGAGGCUAAAAAUUGAUAAACGAAAUAAGCGCCCCCCUUCGAAUUAGCGCCCCCCUCUCGCCUUAGAAAAUUAAAUAAGCGCCCCGGGCGCUAAUUCGAGCAUUUACGGUAUCUUUUAAAUUCCACGAAUCAGUCCGCUAAACCUACAGACCUAACAUGAUAUUUUUUGUUUAGUUUUCCUUUUUAACAUCCACGGUGAAGAUUCUGUUUUCGCGGGAAAAAAUUGGUGAUUGAGCUCAGUAAUCGGUAUCUAUUGUUUCCCUGCGUCAAUAAAUUUAUUCUUGCGGUAAACUUUUGCCUCGACCGGGGUCGGCAAAUUUUUAGAUCCAGAAUCCUGACCCCGAUCCAGUCCAGAAUUUUAUUUUUACUUACUGGAGAAGUACGCAAGUAACGCAGGCUCAAUCAAAGCAAAAACUCAAUUUUUUCUCCCCAAGGAAGGGUGUCAUUUUGCCGUUAAGCUUUUACUUUAACAACACUCAAUCGAUCACUUGCAAACUGUAUAAAUGGCUGCCGCUAGUAUUGCACUAAUCACACGUAGGAUUGCUCCACAGAUUUGUAGGAAUCCACUGAAUCUACAACGACUUAGAACAGCCUUCCCUCUUUGCACGGCCAGUCGGAAAGCAUUCUCCUCGGAGUAAGUUUAAAUUUUACGUGCCUUGUAGCAUAUCUCCGUUGUAAUCAUUACUUCUGCUUAUAUUUUUUCUGUGAGUAGGGAAUUCGCAAAUGGAUCCUUCCCCUAUGCCUCGAGCGCUGUCGGCGUUUUUUCUCUUUGUGUGAUGCGUUAUAUAACGUACAGUAAUUAACGAUCGAAGGAAGUCAGAUCGUGUAAGAAUUUUAUUAAUAGACAAGCCAGCUUAAGUUUUGUAGCUAACCUUACUACUUGUUUUUCGUCGCUAAUUUUGCUGAAAAGCGAAACGCAACGAACAGCAGCUAUUGAAUAAUAACUCAUGGCGCUAGUUACAUUUGAAUUCCUAUAUUAUUUUUUCCUAAUCAGCUUUUGAAUUUCUGCGGAGCAAUAUUCUUAUCUGUUUACAGAAAUCUAGAUAAGAAAACUUUUAUCAGAUUUAACAAAAAUGAAAACGGAACUGUGUACAUUUUCAUCAAGCAAUUUGAAAACGCCCUGUGGGUUACAUGUAUUUUAAUUAGGAAUCAUACUUUGAUAAGUCAAGGACGCGAUACGUAUAAUUAAAGGGGCUGAUCUCAUUUUUGCAGUAAUAUCAGGCCAUAUUUUAGGGCCUCUAACCGACUCUUCACUAUAACGUCAUGUCGGAACCACGGUAAUGUUAAGGCUUUUACCAAAAAUCAAAUGUAUUACCAAGAGGGAACAAUAUGGGACAGAGAGGAAAUGUAAUGUUAGGGCAUUGACCAGGAUAUGUGAAUUUCACCAAAGUUAUUUUAAGAGGUUGUGAUUAUAAACAGAAGCCAGGACGUCUGCACAUUUUAAUUGAUUGUUUGAAAUGUCAACAAGUCCACGUGUGACCGCCUCAAAAGCAAAUGAGUGCAGAAUAGGGAGCUUAAGCAACAACAACGGCAACAGUAGAAUGACAAAAAGCAAUAGGUUUAUAGUAGCAAAACAACAACUUUGCAUGUGCAUCAUGCUUUUUUGUACAUUUCUUUGCUGUCAUUGCACGACUACAGCGUGAAAGUGCCUAAUUUCACGUUUUGUCAAGGACGGGAACACAAGACAACAACUUUCUUUUUCUUUUCCUGAACUUUGAUACAGUCCUUUAGAAUUCAACUCCAAAAAAAUUGCCAACAUUAAUGACAAAUUAACCAAAAUAAAAUAAGUGCGAUAAAGUUUGAGGCGGCACAAAUUCACUUUUUAAGUGAUAUUUUUGUAGCCGUUGCCGCCGUUGUUGCCUAAGCUCCCUAAUAUUGUAAUGGCGACAUGCCAAGUGAACAUAAUAUUCUAUUAAUUUCUUUGACAACAUGACACUGAAUUUCGGUUUUUUCAGACCUCUCUGGAAACCAAUCUGCAAUUAAUGUCAAAUGUCAAAUUGAUCUUUGGUGAAGUUCACAUAUCUCAAGCACUAGAUCGGACUGGGCGUUUUCCUCUCUGUUCCAUUAUUACGUCUUGGUAUCACUCAAAUACAGCUGAACUAGCUUGCGUUUUUGUUGAGGCAAGGUGCAUGAGUGGCGAAGCCAUGAAAUCUGUUGCUCCUGCCCUAAUCUCCUCAACCAAAACCGCCAUGCUAUGCGGGCUACAGUUGAACCUCCAUUACCCAGCCACCUAUUAAGUGGCCACCCUCUAUUAAGCGGUGAGUAAUCAAACUCCUGAAACAAUAUUGCAGAAAAGAAUGGGAACUAAAACCUCUGUUUAGCAGCCACCCCUAAUUAAGCACCCGUGGCUAUCUUUUGGCUAAACCAACAAGAGUUUUCCCAUUGUUGUCACCUCUAUUAAAGGGGCUGUGUCACGGCAGUCCAGUUUAUUUUGCUUAAUUUUGCAAACUAGGCACCCUCAAUCACUAUGGAAAUUAAAGUAAGCAAAGAAAUUGCAGGUAAAUGACAAAAACAGAGAUCCGAGACAAACAAAUAUGUCUCCUGAGCAUUAUUUUUGAAGUUGCAACCAGCAGGGAUCAAUUUUGAGAAACUGUUAGGCUGAACAGUUUUCAAAAACCCUAAUUUCAAUCUGUUUCAAUCUUCUUCAGCUCUGCCCAUCCAAGGCAUCUGUUGUUUCUGAUAUGUUAUUUUAACCUUCCUUUAAAGAUUUAAGCAGCUAGUUUCUCUUAAUUUAACAGGCAUUUUGUAAUUUCCUAAUUUGGCUGAAUUUCAUGACACAGCUCCUUUAAGCUGCCAUAAAGUGCUUGAUACACUUAGAUUGACUUUAUUUCAUGAAUAUGAUAAAGGAAUACAGUCUGAGGUAGAAGUUGACGACCAAUAAUGUGGAUCACUAAUGUUGCUUCCGUCAUGUGUUUGUUACAAAAUAAAGUGAUGUUUCUGCUAAAGAUUAUGCUCAUGCUAAGCUAAUCUAUGACAAAACUGUAUUGAGUGACCAACCUCCAUAAGCAGCCACUUGCCAGAACCCCAAGGGUGGCCGCUUAAUGGAAGUUCAACUGUAAUUCAAUUGCUGGUGUGCCUUUGAAAAAAAUUGUGUAUUGAAAUUUCCAGGUGUCAUCUUCACCGGCUCUGAAAAGUCAUUUUUGUUUUAUCUUUAAGUGUUCUUUAUAGCCAUUAUGAUACAUUUAUUUAACACAACUGUGUCUCUUUUUUAUUUCAUUUUUAUUCAUUGCUUCUUCCAGUAUAACUCAGAUAGGGCAAGCUCAAAGGAAGCAGUCAUAAACUAGGCUUGAUUUCUGCUGCUCACUUGCCAAGCAAGGGUGAGCAUGGAAUGGCCCUUUAUGUCAGACAAGCAAUUUUUGCUACCAAGCCCUGAUUUUGUGAACAAAAUAUUUGAUUCUUCACUUUUGCCCUCUUUGUGGGUGGUUAUUCUUUCCAACUCUACUGCAUUAGGAAUUUAUUUAUGAAUGAUUUCUCAACUUAAAAAUUUCAAAACAAGGCUUGGUAAUGAAGUAGAAUUUGCUUGUCUGAUGUCAACUUUCACAGCCAGGGCAUUAAAGUCUAUUUUACAGUUACAGGUGGAAAUGAGGCUGGAGUUGACCUUGUUUUCAUACAACCCUUCCUGCUUUAUUAUAUACCUGCCAAUUCUCGUGCAUUAUGCGUGAGGAACUCUCACGCUUGCGUGAGUAACUCUCCUGCAUUAUAUGUGAGUAACUCUCACGCAUUAUGCGUGAGUCUCACACCUGUGGACUAAAGACAUCAAUCUCAUGCAUCAAGGACAAUUUCUCACACCUGACUCACAAAUCCAGACAAAUUGUUCUUUAACACAUGAUAAAUAUUAAUGAAAAUUCAAUCCAAAAAGGCUUUCUUUAUUUCCUAACAAAAUCAAAUCAUGCUAAGAUUGUUGUCUCUUAAGUAGCUUCAAAAGUGCUCAAACAUCUUCGGAACAUCUGCUGACAGUUUUGGAAACGUUCUGAAGUCUUUGGAAAGUUGUCAGAAAUCUUUGGAAGUCGCCGGGAUGUUUCUGGAAAUCCCGGUCAUGACAAGGUGAAAAUCUCACGCAUUUGACUCAGAAAAAGUUGGCAGGUAUAUUAUUGUGUAAAUCGUGUCAUUCUUGUGCAAACUGAUAUUUUUUAGGCAUAAUUUCCAUACGAAAAGGAAAGAGGUUUGUACCAAAAUAAGAUCAACCUUAGCCUCACUCAUGUUGACUCAAAGGCUAGGAGACUAAGUUCACUUGUAACUGUAAAAUGGUCUAUUACUGAGCACCUAUUACACUUGUAGUGAUCAAGUUUACCUCCAAGGUGCCCUCUCACAGCAAUCAAAUUUAAAAGAGAUGUACAUGUGUUCCUAAAAUUUCACUGGAAAUACUGGGAAACAAUCUUGUUCCUGCAAAAUCAUUAUGAUCAUCCAAGAAUCUCCAGCCAACACCAUAUUUUAUUGUUCUCUAAAUGAGCCAUCUGGUAUCUUGUGACGUGCCCAAAAAGUUCUGCUCUUUAGGUCGUUGAAUAGAUCUAGGUGUGUUAAACUCUGUCUGUUUUGCGUGUUUAAUUUAAGAUUUGAGUUUAAAGGGCCUGUUGCAAGCCUUUUGUACAUUCUUUCAUUUUUGUACGUUGCGCAAUCACAUGAAGACUCGUUUUCAUGCGAUGUUUCAGGAGAACUAAGUACCAGUUACCGAGAAAAGCUUUCACGUGCUGACACUAUCAGUCUGUGUUCGUUUCGUCCUUUUUGUCAGCGAUUAUAUAAUCCCAUCGCAAGUAAGUAAGUUUUACCUGAAAAGCAAUGUAAUUUUUCGUUGAUUACAACGAUGAUCUUCUUUUUUACAGCCCGAUAAUGAGCAAAGCGUUCAUUCAGAAGCCUGCUCCUGCAUUUGCCGGUACGGCGGUGAACCAUCAUGGAGAAUUCAUUGACGUAAAAUUGUCGGACUACAAAGGUAUGAACGAAGGUUUUCUCGAUUAUACACAGGUUUGCUUCGAAGCGUUGCUUUUGCUCACAUUUUGUUAUUGUAUUUUUACAGGAAAAUAUCUGGUUUUGUUCUUCUAUCCCCUCGAUUUGUAAGUACUACAUACCGUAUUUUAUGUCAUAACUAAUUGUUGAAAUUUUACAAGUUGAAGCAUUCUUCGUUUAGCUCAUCGAUGACUUUGACUAUCUAAGCGUGUUUAUCUUUCUUGUUAUUUUAUUUACUUUUGGUCCGCUGCGACCGAUCCAUCUUAGCAUUUUAGAAUCGCGCAAUGGUUUUCAAGUUUUGCACACUCAGCUGCCUUUUAUAGUCGGAAACGUUAAACGUUUUUAAUAUCGACAUGGUUGAAUGGUAGGCUUAUAAUCAGAUUUUUUACGACGGACGUGCGUUGUAUCAUCUGAACCCUACAACGGUUGAACCGCGACAAUUUUUGCUGGGUCCUCGCCUUCUUCACCUUUCCGUUAUUUAUGCUCACUAUCAACCGAACACCUAGGACAUUUCACGGUCGGUAGCAAUUUUCUUGGCGGCGAGGCGCUGUGGUUUUCCAGAUUGAAGCUUUUAACCGUUUCACUCAGUCUUGUCUUGAUGUUCCUUUUAUAAACUCUUGAGUCUGUGGAUGGAAUUCUGUGUUGUGAUCGACCAUUCACAUGACAAUUCUUUAGUUCUACUUUCACAUAGUCUUAUUUGUUUUUCAACAUUUUUACAAAUUGGAAUUUGGAAAUUUUGCUUAAUUUUGACUUAUUGGUGAAAGUUUUUCAUAAAAAUUGAUGUGCUUUCAAAAAUCACCUGUCCCUGGCUAUCGAGCUGGUUUAUUUCAAGAUUCUACAUCACAAUAACUGUAAUUAAAGUGCAAUUUGUGCGACUUUAUUCGUAAUGACAUUAUAAAUAUUAAUAAUUUUUAUAUUGGGCCGCUAAAUCUUGUUAUGUUUUCUAGGCCUAAGGCCCUUUGCGAUGUGUAUCUAUCUGAUCAUCUGCUUGAUAUUUAAGCUUAAGUAAACCUCAUUUAUCUUGUAAAGUACAAUGUAAACUUGGAAAUUGAACAUGAGAACUUCAGCAGCCGGUAAAUGCUCAAUUUUCCACUUUUCUUGGCCGAAACGGAAAAAACGGAAAUCGAAUUCUUUUGUCCAUGUAAAGGAUCUAGGUGCGAUUUUGGGUACAUCAUUUUUUAUUUAAGGUCUUUUUCAGUCAUCCUGCUCAGGAAAUUGGUGAGUGAUUCAAAGAGGUGCUUUUUUGCCUUCUACUUUUCGAUUUUCCCCUCUACGGCCUAAAAAAAUUGCCUGUUUGUCGUUUGUCUAUAAACAAUUUUUCUUAGUGUAAAAGAAACCUAAUAAUUCCUAUUUAUUUAUGAUUUUUGUUUUGUUAAAAAUACCUGAAUAUCCUUCUGGAGUUUUGCCCUCUAGCAAAUUUUUAAUAACCUGUUUUGCAUCAAAGGAUAAAAACAUCAAGAAAAUGUUUAGUGUAGCUUCAAGUAUAAUUUUAUCCUCACUUCUUGUACAGGUGCACUGAAGUUUGUUUUUUAGAUGAACUAGUAAAGGAAUACAGAAGGGUUAUUAGGAAAAUAGCUUGAUUACUGAAUAUUUUGUUUUGUUUUAAAACCGUUCAAUUAAAUAUGUUUAAGGCAACUAGCCUCAAGCAGAUUCACUAUUUUGUCUGUCUGCUGAAUAUAUUAAUCAGCAAAAAGCUAUCCAAGUUAUCCCUAAAGUUAAUGUAUGUAUGUAUAUCUUGCGUUUUGUUUUUUGAGCCCAGAGAAAAAAUGCUUAAUGUCAUACUUUGCUGCCUGUAAAAAAAUAUUUUGUUGUCCUCUCCUGAUGGCGCAUUGUGAAUGGCAGCCUUCUGAACCAGCUUACUUUACAAACUAAAACCGUUCAAUUAAAUAUGUUUAAGGCAACUAGCCUCAAGCAGAUUCACUAUUUUGUCUGUCUGCUGAAUAUUUUAAUCAGCAAAAAGCUAUCCAAGUUAUCCCUAAAGUUAAUGUAUGUAUGUAUAUCUUGUGUUUUGUUUUUUGAGCCCAGAGAAAAAAUGCUUAAUGUCAUACUUUGCUACCUGUAAAAAAAUAUUUUGUUGUACUCUCCUGAUGGCGCAUUGUGAAUGGAAGCCUUCUGAACCAGCUGACUUUACAAACUACAGUUGACUCAAACCAUCACUAACUCGGACCUCGCACUAACUCGAACCAAAGUCGAUUUCCUCCAUACAUUUACUGUCAUUUCGAACCCAUGAAAACUGAAACCUCCCAAUAACUGGAAGUAAUUUUUGUUUCCCUUGAGAUCAUUCCUUUAUAAUUUUACCCCCAAUAACUUGAACCAUGUUUUUAGCGAGUGGCAAGUUGGAAAAGAAAAGAUUUAUUGAAGUGUGAAACAUUAAAUUUAUUUCAAAACAGCCAUGUCAAUUCUUUGUCUUUAUUUUUUGUCUCUCCAGUUCAAUUUCAGUGUCCAUCCUUGUAUAUUAAUCAAGCUUUGAUGCUUUAUUCUGUUUUCAAAAUGUCAGUCUUCAUUUCUUGCUGCCCUUGAAGUGAAGUGUGCAUGAUACUUGCAUUCCCUCCCUAAACAUUUGCUUAUUUGUUUAUCAAUUAUAUAGCUGUUAGUUAAUCCAAUAUUGUCAGCAAAGCUGUUAUCCUUUAAUUUUUAUGAACUGUCCAAUUAAGGGUUAAUUUGGAUAGUUUCAGGUAGGACUUUCCUUUACAAAUAGGCAAACUGUUCAAUUUAACAAAAAUAGCUGGUCUAAGCCAAUGAAAUGCCAGAAAAUACAAUGGGCAAUGCAAACUAGCCAAUCAGAGCAAAGUCCCAGUGACAACGUGCCCAAAAAAGUUUUGUUGGCUGACAGUGGUUCAUUGGCAAACACUCUUGGCUUCUUGUUGCUGUAAAAGUCAUUUUGUUUUGCUGCUGUUUUGUUUUGGCUUCUUGUCUGGGCCAGUUAAAAGGAAAUGUAUGACCAAACUGAUGAAAGUUUAAUUUGAAACAAUCAAUGCAUAGAUUCUUGAAAAUGUACAAGCGCUGAAACUUUGGACAAGAAUAAGAAAACACUGAUACUUGAGUUUAGAAAAAAACAAACAGAAAAAGUCUGUGGAAAUCAUUUGAGGUAAUGAAUGAGAUGUUUAUUUUCAAUAGUUCUUGUAUUUAAAUUAGUGUGUUUUUGUUUCAACUACAAACUGUUCGAGUGUACUAUGUUUUGCAUCUGUGACAGGCUAAAAAAACUGGAUUAACUAACCAGCUAUAUGAUAAUUAAUAUGUAAGAGGACUACAUGCUUGUCCAAUUUGGAAAUAAUUGAAUUCAAAAAAUUCCUCUGGCAGCCAAAUUUUGGCUGUCCUUGGAAUGUUUUUCAUCCAGUUAUUUCCAAAUUGGACAGCAUGUAGUCCUAUUACAUAUACUUACGGUUAUUUACUUCGAACUCCCAAUAACUCGAACCUUCUUCGAUUUCCCUAGAAGGUUCAAGUUAUCGGGAGUCCACUGUAGAUAAAAUAUAAUAUUGUUUCUCAAAUUAUGGUACUGAUUGAUCUCAUUUCCAUUCAUAAUUUCAUUUUUUCUGCUCAGUUGAAGAAAUGGCAUUUCCCUUGAAGAUGAAAUUUUGUUUUAUAUUAUCAUAAUCUUGCAAGAGACAUUCUGUCGGAUAUCACCUGAACAUUGAUUCUGAAAGGCAGUACACAAAUGAGAGUCUUGAAAAUUAUGUGCAAAGUUUCAAAACAUGUUGUUGUGUAUCUAAACAGUGACAUUUCAAAACAAACAUGUGCCCUGUACUUCUACUCCGGUCCUUCCAGCGUAGCAAGUCAAAUUUUGGAAUGUCUUAGAACAGCUAGCAUCAUGCAAAAUUUUAUAUUGUAAGCUCCAUGGUUUUAUUUGUAGUGAUAACCUCAACUUCCCUUGCUAGAUAUUGCACUAAGUCCAGCAAUGUACAUUUUAAAUAUUGUUUUCAAGAGAUUCAAAAAUAAUGUCAGACAUUGUGUCAUUAUUGUUAUCUUAGAUGGAUGCCCUUGGAUUGAAAAAGUUGUAACUAUAUGGAAAAAAGGUCUUGUGUAAUGUUUAUUAAAACCUAUGACUCCUGAGCGUGCUUUUACUCACACUUCCAAAUAAGGUGUACAUUUUCCCCCACAGAAGGCUCUGAAAGUCGCCAUAUUUUGUCAAAUGACACUUUAUGUUGCUCAUAUGAAGUUGUUUAUCCUAUGAUUCAAUUUCAAUUGGUUUUUCGCCAUUUUGGGCUAACUAUUUGGCCAUAUUUCCUCGUUGUUCGAAUGAUAACCUUUAAAAAUGGUGUCAGACACAAAUGGGGUUGAUCAAACUAUAUUCAAAGUAAGUACUGGAUUUAGCAAGGAUUCAGGUUAGGUAAAGAUUAGUGCGAUUAAAUGGACAAAGAUACUGGCGUCAAUUCAGAGUUUGAGCAUGCAGAUACACGGUGUGCUGGUCAAGAAAAUCAGAGAAAAUAUCGAAGAAAGAGAGCAAGCGGGUGCUUUGGUGGCCACAAGAUGUACAUCAAUUGUCAACUGUAAGAGUCCGCUUUUGGCAAACAGCUCUUCAAACAAACACUAAGUUAAUACAUAUAUAUAUGUUUUUUGAAACCCUGGUAUGUCUACUUUCUAAAUAUGUAUGAUUAUAGGUACUUUUACCUGACAAGGAACUUUUGAGAUGUUAUUUAGUGUAUGUAUGUCAAAACUGAAGCAAUAAAAAUUCGGGCGUCAAUGGGUUAAAGGAGGAACAGCAGUGAUUUGUCUCUAGUUAACAAUAUACACUUAAUUUCAGUUCCCGAGGGAAACAGUUAGUUUUGUUUUCCCGAGAGUCCUGAUGUUUCCCGAGACGAAGGCGAGGGAAACAUCAGGACUCGAGGGAAAACAAAACUACCUGAUUUCCCCAGGGACCUGACAUUAAGUGUUUUGUUAUAUUUCUAAACUUUCAACAGUGAUAAAAGAAUAACCGGAGCGACCCAAAACAAACGACUCGGUACUUAUAACAACACAAAUAGAAUUCUCAAAACCACUGAAUAAAUGAUUUACAAAGUACUUUCCUUGUAUUAUCUGCAUCUUUUUCCUCCACUAGCUGCUGUUUCUCUUCUGCGAUAACUUUAAAAAUCGUUGCUUUUUAGUUUGAGGCUUCUUGUUUGUGUUUUUGUGUUCAUUCACGAAAAAAAAAAUGGCAGUGUUUUUCCCGCCUUCUGUCACGCCACUUUCCACCAUGCUUUGUUCACGUGCUGUAAUGUAUCCCGAGCGGGGUACAUUGCUGAAUGUCUCACGAUCGGGAUACAUUUGAUUUUAAUCAAGGCCACGUGAUCAAGAAUCAACCAAUAGCAGUCCCUGUUUAGUUGAGUGAAAGUCUAGGAAUAUAACAAUAGGCAAUUUGCACUAAGAGGCAUGUGACAUCGUUCUUAUGAAAAUGAAAGUUGUAUGAUUUUGCCUUCCAAAAACGAUUAGUGGGUCGCAUCUUAAACAAAAUAAUGGUGAUUUGGUUUUUCAAACCCGCACCAUUUUCUUAAAAUGAAUAAGUUUGUAAAUGGUCAUGUGACUAAAAUGUGAUUUUUAAAAUUAUGAAUUACCUCUCUCUGAACACAAAUUUUGCACUUAAACUUCAAGGAAAAUGUUGAAAAGAUGAUGUGAUAACGUUUACAGCACAUCUUUGCGUAACUAUGAAACGUUGAACAAGAUAUAAGCAAGAAGUAGUUUUGGCCGCCAUGUUGGAGGGCAAGAGUAUGCCCUCCAACAUGGCGGCCAAUACAAAUCAUACUACUUUACUGAAAAAUCAAACUGCCAUCAAAUAUCUCCCUUAAAUGCAUUUCCUCUCAAAUUCGGGUGUAAGAUAAUUUUGUGUGCUCUAACAAUUUUUGGCAUCAGCAAGAUUCCAACUCAUUGUUUAAAGGAAGCAUUGGUCAUGUGACCUCUUAGUGCAAGUGGCCUAUUCAAGUGUGAGGUGCGAGAAUUUUUAACCAGCAAUAAAUCAUGUGCUGCGAGUGCUUUAAACAACUUCAUAAAUAAAUGUCCCCAGUGCAUUUUUUUCAUUUCAAUAGGUUUGCUAAACAGUGCAUUUUUUAUUUUUAAUGUCCCCAGUGCCUUUUUUUCAUUUCAAUAGGUUUGCUAAACAGUGCAUUUUUAUUUUUAAAUGUGACAGUUGAUUGAAGAAAGUCAAACAAAAGCGGCAAACAUAACAAAUGUUUGAAGUACAAUACGGUUUUCCAAAUUUAAAAAAAUUCACAGUUAACCGGCUGCACAAGACGAAAAUUGUGCCCAAGUAGAGUGUUCUGACCAGUCAACGGUUUUUUGUUCUUUGAAGGAUAAAAUUUUUUUAAAAACUUUAUCUGGAAGAUAAAUUUUUCAAUUUUUUUACUUUACAAUAUAAAAUUUCAUAUCUAUUGGUACUCUUUAUAUAAAAGGUCCAUCCUAAUUGGUAUUCCAUUGUUUCAGUCAUUCAACCUUGUAUAUCCCCUGAGGCUGAAUUCAAAUCCCUCCCCUGUCUUUUCAGUUUACAGAGUUUUCAGGGUAUAAAGGUCCUUACACGUUAUUAAAUCCCCCGAGUCAAUUGGAUAAUAUGCCUACUGAAUAUUAAUGAGUUUUAUAGACUACAUAUGACAUUAAAACAUGUUGUUUGUCAAUGCAUCUGUCUCAAUUCCAGUAAAGGUAUUCUUAUCAUUGACAAACGGAUGUGCACACUGGAUUAUGCUAACAGCAAUACUGAACUGUUACAAUCUGUGUUCUCAAUGAUCAUGCUCAAUUCUUCAAAGUCUGCCUAUUAUCAAAAAAAGUUUUCAAGGGAACCACUAUCUAAAUCUUGUGAACUUGAUCCUCUACCUGCGGUAGUUUUGAAAGGCUGUCUUACUGUAUUACUUCCCACCAUUACGAGGAUCAUCAAUCUGUCCUUAUCAACUGGUGUUGUGCCCGAUGCUCUGAAGGUUGCUACACUACUGCCCACAUUGAAAGAAUCUGAUGCUGACUUUUAACAAUUCCAAAACUUUCGUCCUAUCUCGAACUUAAAAGUAGUAUCGAAGCUUGUUGAAAAGGCAGUUGACAUACAACUCACAGAUCACGUCAUGGCGCACCACUUAGAUGAGACGUUUCAGUCUGCAUAUAAGAACUUUCGAACACUCCACCAAGACAGCUUUAGUAAGGGUUCAGAAUGACAUCCUGAGUGCUAUUGACAACAAUGAGUCUGUUAUACUUCUUUUAUUGGAUUUGUCAGCUGCCUUCGACACGGUUGAUCACUCGAUACUGUUAUCAAGAUUGCAUGACCACUUCGGAGUAAACGGUACUGCAGCUGCAUGGUUUGAGUCAUACCUGACUUCUCGCAUGCAGUUUGUUCGGGUCAAUGACUGUAGGUCAAUGCAAUGCUCUCUAGAACGCGGUGUACCCCAAGGAUCUGUUCUGGGCCCUCUUCUUUAUCUCCUCUAUACAUCACCCAUUGCUGAUAUCAUAAAGUUCCACAAGUUACAGUAUCAUUUAUACGCUGAUGAUACCCAGCUGUAUAUAUCAUUUAGAACUGACUGUAGCUAUGAUCUCUCUUUGGCUAAGCAUCAUGUCGAAUGCUGUGUAAACGACAUUGAUUGUUGGAUGGUGAACAAUGGUCUUAAACUCAACCAGGAUAAAACUGAACUUGUUCUCAUCAGCUCAAAAUUUCGUUGCAGGCCUUCUCUAGAGUUUAUCCAAGUGGUUGAUGAGAAGAUCCAACCCAAACCCUCUGCCUGAAAUCUGGGGGGGAUUAUAGAUCAGCAAUAAUAAUAAUAAUAAUAAUAAUAAUCUUUAUUUCUUAAGAUAAAAUCACAUAUCCUAAGUUACAAUAUAAACUCAAAAAAACUAUUUACAUAUCAUAUCUAAAAAUUAUUCUGUUACUAAAAACAUUCUUAAACCUGUCAGUGUAGAUUCUAGGGACAGAGACUGACGUAUUUCUAAGAUUGUACCUCAUGUUCUUUUCCUUAGGUAAAAACUGGAAGAACGGGCAUUCGGGGUCAUUCGAUCUUUUUUUGUAGAGUGUCUUGUCCGCCUUCUCUAGCAAAUCCCUGAUAUUUACAUUCUUGGACAUAAACUUUCUUUUCAUACACCAGUCUAAAAAAUUCUGUAUUACAGAAAGGUCGGAAUCUGAGGCACCAUAAACCGGCGGAGCGUAAGAAAAAUUUGGUAAAACUAUUGCGUUAAAAAGGUGAUCUACUUCCUCCUGAGACAUUCCUUCCUUACGUAAAGAUCCUAAUAUGAAUAAUGACUUGUUCGCCUUAAUUACCUUUGGGCGCACGUGACUACUGUAUUUACAAUUUUGUUGGAAAGUAACACCUAAUAUGGAUAACUCUGCGCACUGCGGUAUGUUACUAACUGGCGUGAUGUGCUGACUGAAACCUUUCUUACAGAAAAUAAGUGUCUUGAUUUAACCGACCAUGUUAACAAAAUCUGCGUUUCCUGUCAGUAUCAUUUAAGGAACAUAGCUAAGAUCAGGAAGUACUUAAGUGAAGGUACCUCUCAAACUUUAGUACGCGCUUUUAUUAGCUCUAAACUCGAUAACUGUAACUCUUUGUUAUAUGGUCUUCCUAAACACCUGUUAAAUAGGUUAAGACUGAUACAAAACACUGCUGCACGCAUUGUUACAUUAUCUAAGUGGUUUGACCAUAUCACUCCUAUCCUGUUCAAACUUCAUUGGUUGCCGCUGGGUUAUCGCAUACAUUUUAAAAUUUUACUCUUAGUUUACAAAUGUCUAAAUGGCUUGGCACCAACUUGCCUAUCCGAACUUUUUCGCUACACUAAUGGUCCACAAUUAAUUCGUUCUAGUUCCCAGACAUACUUAUUUAAAUUAGCCUACGAUGUUUGAUUUUAGUAGCUUUAUUUAAUUUUUAUUUUAUCUUAUAAUACUUUUUAACUCUAGUUUCUUACCAUAUUAUUGUACAGCGCUUUGAGCAAUUAGUGGAUAUCGCGCUAUAUAAGUGUCUAUUAUGAUUAUUAAAAUAGAAUUUAUUGUGAAAUAGUUACAAGGCCAAAAAAUAGUGGACUCAGAAAGAAAACAAAAAACCUCUAUGUUAUUACAUGAAGUGUGCACAUGGAAAUUUUAAGGUGUGCAAGGCUAGGGUGGAAGAGGUUAAAAUAAAAAAAAAAUGGAGCAUGAACUUUUCAAGCAGAUGUUUCAUGGUCUCUCUUAAACUUAAGGGAAACCAUAAAUUACACAAUCUAGUAAAAACACUUUUGCUUAUUCAUAGCACACUACCAGCAGACAUUAGUCAGUUAAAUACCAUGGUGACCAAAACAGUGGCAGCUUGGAGCACUGUUUUCUAAUGCUUAUUUGUACAAGCAGAAUAUUAUUCAUUAUCAUCAAGUCCAUUCUGUGAUGUUUAACCAAACCAUUUAAAGUGUAAACUAACUGUAGCACAGUGACCAUUGUUUUAUUGUAUGUGUCCAUCUCACUGUCUUGCCACAGUCUCUUUAGGCCUUGGAACUACUUACAUCUGUUUGUUAUCUGCAUUUGUUUCUUUUUUUAGCACAUUUGUUUGUCCAACGGAGAUCAUUGCCUUUAGUGACAGAGUUGAAGAAUUCCGUGCCAUUAAUUGCGAGGUUAUUGCUUGUUCUGUUGAUUCACACUUUAGCCAUCUUGCUUGGUAAGCCCUCAUUUUUAUUUUUUAAUUUAUUGUGUUCUGUGCCAGUUCAGUGUUAAUGUACUGGUCUGUCUCCAUUUCUGUUAAGUGUUAGUUGGGAGUACAUGUACACACAUUUAAGAUUAUGGUAAUAGUACUGAGUAUAGCCUGCUUUGCAGAUGUAAUCUAAUCCUGGUUAGUAUCAUCUCAAAAGCAGCACCGGUAUCUCAGGGUUUAAGCCAGCUUGAUUGCCUCAGGAGACAGUUUGUCCGUCUGUGGCCCUUGCAAAGGGACAAAUAGGCAACAGCAGGGGACAGGAAAUAUUUUAUUACAUUGCCCUUCUCCUAUCCAAAAAGUGAAAAGGCACAGUUUUUUCAAUUUUUUUUAUAGUGAGGAAAAGCCAGCAGGCUUGGAAUAAGCCACAGUGUGUAUUCUCCCUGGAGAUAUCACAUCUUUUGAUCUUGUAUCGAUUGAUAUAUACAUAUGUCUGUGAAAAGUUAAAACAUUAUUUUGAGGAAACUUGCUGAAAAAAAUUUAUGGUAAGUGUUGAGUAAAACAUGUCGAUACUGUCAAUAGAAAUUAUGAAAGGAAAGAUGGCUAUAAUGGAGCAGUAAACAAAGUUCAUAAUGUGACCACUCAAGUAACAAAGCAAGUGGCUAGGCUGGCAACAAAAUUGUUUUGGGAUGGCCACCUGGCUAAAAUUUUUCUCUAAACAGGUAGCUCCAGCCGUUCGUACAGGCUAACAAUAAUAAUUAUUGUUUUUUUUUUUUGCACGGAUAGCUCGAGCUGUUCAAUUGGCUGCAAUUUUGUUUCAAAGGCGUAGCCAGAACCGUUUGCAAAGGUGACACUUUUUUUUAAUGGAUAACUUCAGCUCGUUCGAACAGAUACCCAAUCCAUUGAACGGCUGAUGAACAGCAUACAAAUGGCUAUCCUUUCCAAAAUGGCAAACCAUAAAGAGCAUUUUCGUGUGAGAGGUCACAUUUUUCAUAUUGCUGUCUCUUGUUUUAGGACUGAGAAACCACGUAAGAAGGGUGGCCUUGGGACAAUGAAUAUUCCUCUUCUGUCUGAUAUCACAAAGCAAAUUUCCAAGGACUAUGGUGUUUUGUUAGAAGACCAGGGUGUGGCACUCAGGUUAGAAGAUUUUGAAAUGCUUGUACAUAUCCUUACUCAUCUGACUUAUCUGUAAAAAUGAAUUAUGCGUCAGGGACAAUUCACUGCUUGCCCAAGCCAAAAGUGUAAAAGCCCCUAAGGAACUGUGAGCCUUUUCCUCUCUAGACUCAGGAAACUCAAUUAGAAACUUAGACACUUAGUUGAGCUUCAUGGUGAACAAAUUUAUUGAUAAAUCAAGCUUCACUAAAGCCUGUUUCUCAUAUGCUGCUGAUGCACCUGCGACAUGGCCACUGGUACUACCUGGGAUACUGUUCUGAUAUGAGAACAGAAGUGGUUAGUAAUGGUUCUCCUCCCAGUCUUUACUGCUGGCUUGCCUGCGAAGUUGACUUGAGUUAAACUUUGCAGGCAUGCCGGUGGUAAAGCUCUGCAAUGGCUCAAGUUGCCGGCGGUGCAUGUUCUCAUUUGUCGAAGAAGUAGCCUAGGCAGCACCAGCGGCUACAAUGCAGGUGUAUUGGCGGCAUAUGAGAACCAGGCUUAAGUGUGAUAAAAAUUAAUUUGGUUGUACAUGUAGUAAUAUUUGUUUACCUACCACAGAGGUUUAUUUAUCAUUGAUGACAAGGGCAUCCUACGUCAGAUCACCAUGAAUGACUUGCCAGUGGGAAGGUCAGUUGAUGAGGUUCUGCGUUUGGUUCAAGCUUUUCAAUUUACAGAUAAACAUGGAGAAGGUAGGGAGCUGCCAACAUUUUUGUAUGUCUGUACUUAUUAUAUACGGUAAUAUUCUUAGUUACUGCUGCAUGUUGAGCUACAAUAUACUCGUCACAUUAAUUGUUCAAUGCUCAGUGUUGGUUUUUGUGAGUUUGCAUGCAUCACAGAAGCAAAAAAUUCAACACCGGGAGGGAAGGACCACAAUGUUUUGUUGCAAUAUUGGUGCUGCACCGGGUGUCCCAACUUAAUGUUAGAAGGAUUGUAGCUGGUUUUUGUGGAAAUUUUGCAGGAAAAAAGUAUGAGAAAUAAUCUUAAUGUUGGUCUUCUGCAAGUUUUGCUGUUUCCAGACCAUUCCGCAUCAGACUGCUAGUAGUCUUUUUGGGGGUCCAAAAAAAAAACACUUGAAUUUCACUCAUUUUGCUUGCCCUUGUUCACUUCUUAGUUAGUGAUUUAUUCGUAAGAUGGCUUCACCUGGUGCCCUUCCCUUAAAACAAAUGCCGAGUGAGCUUUAUUAUUGCCCAGCCUGGAAAUCCACUUGUCCCAGAUUGUAAGACAAAACCAUUUCAGAGUCCUGCCUUUUUGUUAACCCUUUAAGCCCUAAAAGUGAUCAGCAUCAAAUUUCUCCUUGUAAUGUCAAUGCUUCGUAAAGCAGAGUGAUUAUGAGAAUUGCAGACAUGAUCACACAAGAUGAAUAUGCUUGAUAUUUUAUCAACUUCUCCCCACUAUUUCUGUAGGGAUUGAAUAGUGGCAACGAAUGAGAAUUCAAAUUUUGAUUUUAGGGUUUAAAUGGUUGAUGGAGUCAAUUCUUGGCAGAACUGAAGAGAGAGUAGCCUCUUUGGUUUGUCAUGCAAUCCUCCCCAACAAACGUCGGGAAAGAAUGCAUGACAAAGCCCUAUAAGAACGUGUGCAUGGGAGGCUAGAGAGAAAGUAAACAAGCCAAGACAAUAACUGGAGUGGGCACCUCCCCUGUUUGUUUUGUUCAGUCACAUGUAACAAGCUUGCCCUUGUGACAAACCUGAAUGGGCUGCUACUGUAGCAGUCUAAUCCAACAUCCCCUAUCUACUGGAAACGUGAAAUUGGAAACAUUCCUGACCAUCUGGGAUGGUGGUAGCAUUCACUUCUACACUGUACCUUCCAAACUUCUUCCAAAUAUCAGUCACAAAAAAAUAAUUAUGGUCAGCAAUUUUAACGCGUUGAUGAAUUCCCGGCAUGGGUAUAAGUUUAAAAGCAACAGAUUUAAAUAAGCUGCUCGUAUUAAUUUAUGGAGUGUGGUGAACCAUGGGUGAGGGGAAAAACUACAUGUUACUGUACAGUCAUGUAUGCUCUUUUUAGAACCAGAAUAGAAGUCCUUAAAUAUAGCCAUAAAAAUUUUCAGUAUCAUUUCAUGCUUUUUUUCCAAACUUUGUCCAGCGUAAUAGACCACUUCCGAGUUCCAUAAGCCCUCACUUUCAAAGAGGCCAAGUCCACUACCUUUCUUGUGAAAAUGAGUUUUAUUUGCAUGAGAAUUAAAAAUCAUCUCCACAUCAAAGGCUGAGCACUUAACCUCGUUUUGAUACGGAGGCCCGGGGGGACUCGGAAAUGGCCAAUUAUUAUCAUUUUUGAUGACAUUUUCUCUGCAAUAAAUUUCAGUUUGUCCUGCUGGUUGGCGCCCAGGAAAUGAUACAGUAAGUAUUAACCCCUUUGUCAUUAGUAGCAAAAGAAAACCUCCCUUUUCUCUCUCCCAUGAAUUUCUUUUAGUACGGAGAAGAAACAUGUUACUGCAGGAUCGAAGAAACUUGAUAACAAAGGCUAACCUUUACAUUUACAUUUUACAUGUAUUGGGUCGGUAAAAUCGUUAAGAUAUCACACCAACUGUAAAAAUGAAAACAAAAAAAUAAAAAAAUGAAAUAACUAAAUGAAUAAAAUACAGAUUUAUUAAUAUAUGAAAUAAUGAUAUAAAAGUUAAAUAUAGAAAACUGUAUAAACUAUAUUAUAACUAGUAUUUAAGAAAAGCUGAUCACCUGUAUUUAAAAGUUUCUCAGGAGGUUGAUGAAACAAUGGCCUCAGGGAGGCAGUUCCAGUCUGCUAUAGUUUUUGGAACAAACCAAAAUUUAAAAACGUCUUUAUUUGCAUAUGGCGCGCGAAAUUUAAAUUAUAAUUGAUGGCUUCCCCUCGUGCGACUCUUGAAGUGUUGAAUUAAAACCGUGAGUUAGUUUAUACACAGGUGUUAACCUACACUUGUAAAUUGCACUUGUAGACGUUUUACUUAAUUGGCCUCAGGUUUUCUUGUUGCUCUAGCUUGUGAGCAUAAAGAUGCGCAAAGACUAAAGGUUUAGGUGCAUCUGAUAAGCUACAUGUAUGCCUUUUAAAUGGAUUGUGAUCGCUUGUAUAAAAAUGACCACAAGUAGGUAAAAUUAUUUAAUAAUUUAAUAAUGCCAUGAAGUUCCUUCUCCCUCAUCCCUGUCAAGUGUGGCUCCAUGUAACAGCUAUUCUUGCUAAUUUUUAAUUUCAGAUUGUUCCAGAUGCUAAGAAAAGUGCAGAUUACUUCUCUAAACAGUCAUAG